GAACCAGCCUUUGACAGGCACUCUGCAGGGCACCCCCUGUGGCCGACGACCCUACUGGGGCCCACAGGCUGCUGCCAUGGACAAGCUGCUGUGGUUACCAUGGCUACACAGUCAGAAUGUGUCCUGCGGUGUUAGUGAAGGAAUUCCUGAUGUUCUCUGGUGUAUUGUCUGAGAGGUAGGGAUAGCCCAAAGCUUCAGUCAUUAUCACACUAAUGCUUAUUCUGUAGUCCACACUCACCAUACACAUUCAUGCAUUCAGGCAUGCACGCACACCAUCCAAGACCAUAUCAAAAUACUGUCAGGACAUGUUAAGUUCCACAGCGACUCAGUGCCUCAGCGCUGUGUUAAAACGUGCAGCAAGAGGAAGACUGAAUGUGGCUGUGGGGAAACUGGUGCUGUGAUUUCAAUUAGAUCAUUUAACAAGACAUGACAGCAAAUAUCCCUUCCCUGCUGGUUUGUUUGCAUAGAGUAACUACAGUACAUUAUAGUAGUGUAGCGUAGCCUACCAGGGGAAAGAAGGCAGAGUCAACUAAGCCUGUACGGCGCCCACUUAGAUGUGGGGUAGAAGAGCUAACCAGUCAUGAUGUGGCCCAUCCAAACCCCAAUGUUGUUGGCUGGCUCUGGGCAACUCUGCAGCCUGUGUGUCCACUGGCAGUGUCUCACACACACAUGCACGGACACACACACACACUUUCUUUUUCCUGGGCUUCAGUCCCUUUCGCCACCACCGCCAUAGAGGGAGAAUUAGAGUAUUGGGCACGUUCUUGUUUGGAAGGAAUGUGUGUGUUUGGAAGCAGAGCUGGCAACUCUACCCAGAGGGUCGUUCUCAUGUGGCUACACCGAGGACACAGCUUGUUGACUUAGGCUGCUGUGGCCAUGCUCUGCGCUGUGCUCACAUUGAAGGUGGAAAAUGUUACAGAGCAUGUUGUUUUCCUUAUUCCGUGUAUAAUAAAAAAUAUGUAGCCUACUCAGCUCUCAGUUGUUCCAACUACUACAAUUAAUGGAAUAUACCAUCUUGUUUGGAGAAUAGGGGGCAUCUUAAGUUAUUAUGUUUGACACAAUUCGUGGCACCUUCCAUUCCUAUAUUUAAGUUAAAAGAUUGAAUCCUCACAAUCCAAUUAUAAUGUAAAGCUUCUAUUUUAAAAAAAUUAAAAUAGAAAACAGAAACUGUAGAAAAGAAUGCUGCUGACAAUUACAGGCCCACUGUUUGAUGAGAAUUCAAAGAAUGUCUGGAGAUUCACCCGGGUGUAACACCUUAAUGAGCAUGGCUUUAGUAGUCUAGCCAGUAGACACACACUGCAGAUUGGCACCUUUGAUCAUGCCUUUGAUCGCUUGCAGUGUCUGUCUGUCUCCAACAAUAUCACACUACCUGCUGCACAACUCUUUUGUUUCAGUUUUCUUUGAGUUCUCUUCUGGCUUACACUCUGUGUUGUAUUUCAUUUAGGUUUUGUCUCUCUUGAGUUCUCUCUUAGCUUAGGCUCACAGUUGCCGGUCUUUGGGUGUGUAGGGGUCAAAAUCAUCUGCUCUGCGGUGUUUUGUCUCCAGAAGACCAUUUUCCCAAGCUCUCACCUCGCACCAGUCCUCUGGGAGCAGCGAGGGAAUUAUAAAAAUCGGUUCUGCACAGGCGUGCGGAAUGGGAUGGGAUCGCGAACUCUGCUGGGAAUUCUCAGGCGGAACCCCAGAAAUGUGGGCGAAAACAGGAAGAGAAGGAGAAUUUGUCAGCGAGCUCAUCUGGGAGAGACUGUGGCUAGGAGGAGAAAACUGAUCCUGGACCAGAGAAUAAGUGAAGAAGUGCCAAUGCACUAUAUACACUGUUGAAGGGAUGUGCAGGACUAUAUGAGGUCUAAUGGAUCUGCUGUAGUGAGAACUAGCAGCAAGGGGUUUAUGUCAGUAGUGUUCUAGUUUCGAAGUAACACAACUCAUUUCAAGAGACAACAGUUCAUUGUAAAUAAAACUUGUUUUUCCAUCAGCUGUUUGAUCUUGGGUUAGAGUAUUGAAUAGCACAUUUCCUUUGUGGAGCCGUUUGGGUGUUCCAACAAUAGGUACAAGCAGUUUCUCACCCACUCUCAUUGUGGUUGAGGGCAGGGUGAAACCUAAUCUAGCUUCAUCAGGUGUGUGUGAGUUGCAUAUUUUCUUACCUGUUUCUGCAUAGCGUAUCCCUCACCUUGUGAAACCUGUAUCCACAGCCUCAGCUCCACACAGGAAACACAGCCAGGAGCACUUCCAUAACUUCCCAUGCUGCUUUUAUUUGGCAAGCCCUCUAGUUAAUGGCCUGACUUAAUCUGUCACUGGGUGAUUUAUUACAGCCCUAUGCACUUUGCACUUUUACUUACAUUAUAGCUUGAUGGAUUCACAGUGAAGCAUUGUGUUGCGCAAUACUUUCUGAUGGAUGUUGUGCACCUAGAAAAGACAACUCUUGAGUAGGUCUGAUGCAGUGAACACAAGAGCAGGCUUGGAUGAGCUAAUGCAGCGUCAGACAAAAGUUGUAGCUUUAUUAAGAAAGCACUGCAGGUUUGGAUGAGCUUAUGCAUGCCGAAGUUGUAGCUAGAUGUAUUUAGAAAGAAAGCUCGGAUCCACUAAAGAAUGCUAGAGUUGUAGCCGUAGGCUAUUCAGUAGAGCAAGCUUAGAUCAUUUAAUAUAGACCAGGAACUCAUUUCCCAGAGCCUUCGUAGCGUUAAGCUCAUCGUUAGAACCUUCUUACAAUGUAUCUUUAGUAGCCGAGCUGUUUCUCAGAGUCUUCGUUAGUAACGUGGCUCUUAAAAAUCUUUGCAGAUCUACACUCUUAGAAAGAAAGGGUUCCUAAAGGGUUCUUCAGUUGUCCCCAUAGGAAAACCCUUUUUGGUUCUACAUAGAACCCUCUGUAGAAAUGGUUCUACAUGGAACCUAAAAGGGUUGUAGCUGGAACCAAAAGGGUUCUUCAAAUGGUUAUUCUAUGGGGACAGAUGAUGAACCAAUCAAUCAAUCAAAUCAAUCAAAUGUAUUUAUAAAGCCCUUCUUACAUCAGCAGAUGUCACAAAGGGCUUGUACAGAAACCCAGCCUAAAACCCCAAAGAGCAAGCAAUGUAGAUGUAGAAGCACAAGGUUCUAGAUAGCAGCUUUUUUUCUAAGAGUGUAUCUGUCUGACUGCCGAUAACUUCAGAACUAAGUUGACUACAAAUACAAAGUUGUCAAAGUAUUUGCAAUCGUUACAAUAAAGGAUAAAAAAUGAUCAAAUGAAAACCGAGAUGACUGCAUUAAAAUAUACAGCACAUACAGUGAGGGAAAAAAGUAUUUGAUCCCCUGCUGAUUUUGUACGUUUGCCCACUGACAAAGAAAUAAUCAGUCUAUAAUUUUAAUGGUAGGUUUAUUUGAACAGUGAGAGACAGAAUAACAACAAAAAAAUGCAGAAAAACGCUCUAAUUUGUUCUAAAAAAUGUUCUAAAUUGAUUUGCAUUUUAAUGAGGGAAAUACGUAUUUGACCCCUCUGCAGAACAUGACUUAGUACUUGGUGGCAAAACCCUUGUUGGCAAUCAGAGAGGUCAGACGUUUCUUGUAGUUGGCCACCAGGUUUGCACACAUCUCAGGAGGGAUUUUGUCCCACUCCUCUUUGCAGAUCUUCUCGAAAUCAUUAAGGUUUCGAGGCUGACGUUUGGCAACUCGAACCUUCAGCUCCCUCCACAGAUUUUCUAUGGGAUUAAGGUCUGGAGACUGGCUAGGCCACUCCAGGACCUUAAUGUGCUUCUUCUUGAGCCACUCCUUUGUUGCCUUGGCUGUGUGUUUUGGGUCAUUGACAUGCAGGAAUACCCAUCCACGACCCAUUUUCAAUACCCUGGCUGAGGGAAGGAGGGUCUCACACAAGAUUUGACGGUACAUGGCCCCGUCCAUCGUCCCUUUGAUGCGGUGAAGUUGUCCUGUCCCCUUAGCAGAAAAACACCCCCAAAGCAUAAUGUUUCCACCUCCAUGUUUGACGGUGGGGAUGGUGUUCUUGGGGUCAUAGGCAGCAUUCCUCCUCCUCCAAACACGGCAAGUUGAGUUGAUGCCAAAGAGCUCGAUUUUGGUCUCAUCUGACCACAACACUUUCACCCAGUUCUCCUCUGAAUCAUUCAGAUGUUCAUUGGCAAACUUCAGACGGGCAUGUAUAUGUGCUUUCUUGAGCAGGGGGACCUUGCGGGCGCUACAGGAUUUCAGUCCUUCACGGCAUAGUGUGUUACCAAUUGUUUUCUUGGUGACUAUGGUCCCAGCUGCCUUGAGAUCAUUGACAAGAUCCUCCCGUGUAGUUCUGGGCUGAUUCCUCACUGUUCUCAUGAUCAUUGCAACUCCACGAGGUGAGAUCUUGCAUGGAGCCCCAGGCCAAGGGAGAUUGACAGUUAUUUUGUGUUUCUUCCAUUUGCGAAUAAUCGCACCAACUGUUGUCACCUUCUCACCAAGCUGCUUGGCGAUGGUCAUGCAGCCCAUUCCAGCCUUGUGUAGGUCUACAAUCUUGUCCCUGACAUCCUUGGAGAGCUCUUUGGUCUUGGCCAUGGUGGAGAGUUUGGAAUCUGAUUGAUUGAUUGCUUCUGUGGACAGGUGUCUUUUAUACAGGUAACAAGCUGAGAUUAGGAGCACUCCCUUUAAGAGUGUGCUCCUAAUCUCAGCUCGUUACCUGUAUAAAAGACACCUGGGAGCCAGAAAUCUUUCUGAUUGAGAGGGGGUCAAAUACUUAUUUCCCUCAUUCAAAUGCAAAUCAAUUUAUAACAUUGUUGACAUGCGCUUUUCUGGAUUUGUUUGUUGUUAUUCUGUCUCUCACUGUUCAAAUAAACCUACCAUUAAAAUUAUAAACUGAUCAUUUCUUUGUCAGUGGGCAAACGUACAAAAUCAGCAGGGGAUCAAAUACUUCACUGUAGGAUACAUGGGCCUAUAUAGGCUAUGUUCAAUCAAUUGAGUUCUAAUUUCAAAUCAAAUCAAAUUUAUUGGCCACAUACACAUGGUUAGCAGAUGUUAUUGCGAGUGUAGCGAAAUGCUUGUGCUUCUAGUUCCGACAGUGCAGCAAUAUCUAGCAAGUAAUAUCUAACAGUUCCACAACAAAUACCUAAUACACACAAAUCUAAGUAAAGGAAUGGAAUAAGAAUAUAUCAAUAUAUGUAUGAACAAUGUCAUUAUCAAAGUGGCAUAGGCGAAGAUGCAAUAGAUAGUAUAGAAUACAGUAUAUACAUAUGAGAUGGGUAAUGCAAGAUAUGUAAACAUUAUUAAGAUAGUAUAGAAUACAGUACAGUGGGGAGAACAAGUAUUUGAUACACUGCCGAUUUUGCAGGUUUUCCUACUUACAAAGCAUGUAGAGGUCUGUAAUUUUUAUCAUAUGUACACUUCAACUGUGAGAGACGGAAUCUAAAAAAUCCAAAAUCCAGAAAAUCACAUUGUAUGAUUUUUAAGUAAUUAAUUUGCAUUUUAUUGCAUUACAUAAGUAUUUGAUACAUCAGAAAAGCAGAACUUAAUAUUUGGUACAGAAACCUUUGUUUGCAAUUACAAAGAUCAUACGUUUCCUGUAGGUCUUGACCAGGUUUGCACACACUGCAGCAGGGAUUUUGGCCCACUCCUCCAUACAGCCUUCAGGUUUCGGGGCUGUCGCUGGGCAAUACGGACUUUCAGCUCCCUCCAAAGAUUUUCUAUUGGGUUCAGGUCUGGAGACUGGCUAGGCCACUCCAGGACCUUCAGAUGCUUCUUACGGAGCCACUCCUUAGUUGCCCUGCCUGUGUGUUUCGGGUCGUUGUCAUGCUGGAAGACCCAGCCACGACCCAUCUUCAAUGCUCUUACUGAGGGAAGGAGGUUGUUGGCCAAGAUCUCGCGAUACAUGGCCCCAUCCAUCCUCCCCUCAAUACGGUGCAGUCAUCCUGUACCCUUUGCAGAAAAGCAUCCCCAAAGAAUGAUGUUUCCACCUCCAUGCUUCACGGUUGGGAUGGUGUUCUUGGGGUUGUACUUAUCCUUAUUCUUCCUCCAAACACGGCGAGUGGAGUUUAGACCAAAAUGCUCUAUUUUUGUCUCAUCAGACCACAUGACCUUGUCCCAUUCCUCCUCUGGAUCAUCCAGAUGGUCAUUGGCAAACUUCAGACGGGCCUGGACAUGCGCUGGCUUGAGCAGGGGGACCUUGCGUGCGCUGCAGGAUUUUAAUCCAUGACGGCAUAAUGUGUUACUAAUGGUUUUCUUUGAGACUGUGGUCCCAGCUCUCUUCAGGUCAUUGACCAGGUCCUGCCGUGUAGUUCUGGGCUGAUCCCUCAUCUUCCUCAUGAUCAUUGAUGCCCCACGAGGUGAGAUCUUGCAUGGAGCACCAGACCGAGGGUGAUUGACCGUCAUCUUGAACUUCUUCCAUUUUCUAAUAAUUGCGCCAACAGUUGUUGCCUUCUCACCAAGCUGCUUGCCUAUUGUCCUGUAGCCCAUCCCAGCCUUGUGCAGGUCUACAAUUUUAUCCCUGAUGUCCUUACACAGCUCUCUGGUCUUGGCCAUUGUGGAGAGGUUGGAGUCUGUUUGAUUUAGUGUGUGGACAGGUGUCUUUUAUACAGGUAACGAGUUCAAACAGGUGCAGUUAAUACAGGUAAUGAGUGGAGAACAGGUGGGCUUCUUAAAGAAAAACGAACAGGUCUGUGAGAGCCGGAAUUCUUACUGGUUGGUAGGUGAUCAAAUACUUAUGUCAUGCAAUAAAAUGCAAAUUAAUUACUUAAAAAUCAUACAAUGUGAUUUUCUGGAUUCCAUCUCUCACAGUUGAAGUUUACCUAUGAUAAAAAUUACAGACCUCUACAUGCUUUGUAAGUAGGAAAACCUGCAAAAUCGGCAGUGUAUCAAAUACUUGUUCUCCCCACUGUAUAUACAUAGGAGAUGGGUAAUGCAAGAUAUGUAAACAUUAUUAAAGUGGCAUUAUUAAAGUGACUAGUGUUCCCUUUAUUAAAGUGGCCAGUGAUUUGCAAGUCUGUAUGUAGGCAGCAGCCUCUCUGUGCUAGUGAUGGCUGUUUAACAGUCUGAUGGCCUUGAGAUAGAAGCUAUUUUUCAGUCUCUCGGUCCCAGCUUUGAUGCACCUGUACUGUCCUCGCCUUCUGGAUGAUAGCGGGGUGAACAGGCAGUGGCUCGGGUGGUAGUUGUCCUUGAUUAUCUUUUUGGCCAUCCUGUGACAUCGGGUACUGUAGGUGUCCUGGAGGGCAGGUAGUUUGCCCCCGGUGAUGCGUUGUGCAGACCGCACCACCCUCUGGAGAGCCCUGCGGUUGUGGGCGGUGCAGUUGCCGUACCAGGCGGUGAUAGAGCCCGACAGGAUGCUCUCAAUUGUGCAUCUGUAAAAGUUUGUGAGGGUUUUAGGUGACAGGCCAAAUUUCUUCAGCCUCCUGAGGUUAAAGAGACGCUGUUGCGCCUUCUUCACCACACUGUCUGUGUGGGUGGACCAUUUCAGUUUGUCAGUGAUAUGUACGCAGAGGAAGUUAAAACUUUCCACCUUCUCCACUGCUGUCCCGUCGAUGUGGAUAGGGGUGUACUCCCUCUGCUGUUUCCUGAAGUCCACGAUCAUCAGCCCUGUAGGCUGUCUCAUCGUUGUUGGUAAUCAAGCCUACUACUGUUGUGUUGUCUGCAAACUUGAUGAUUGAGUUGGAGGCGUGCAUGGCUACGCAGUCAUGGGUGAACAGGGAGUACAGGAGGAGGCUGAGCACACACCCUUGUGGGGCCCCAGUGUUGACGAUCAGCGAAGUGGAGAUGUUGUUUCCUACCUUCACCACCUGGGGGCGGCCCAUCAGGAAGUCCAGGACCCAAAUGCACAGGGCAGGGUUGAGACUCAGGGCUUCAAGCUUGAUGAUGAGCUUGGAGGGUACUAUGGUGUUGAAUGCUGAGCUAUAGUCAAUGAACAGCAUUCUUACAUAGGUAUUCCUCUUGUCCAGAUGGGAUAGGGCAGUGUGCAGUGUGAUGGCGAUUGCAUCGUCUGUGGACCUAUUGGGGUGGUAUGCAAAUUGAAGUGGGUCUAGGGUGACAGGUAAGGGGGAGGUGAUAUGAUCCUUGACUAGCCUCUUGAAGCACUUCAUGAUGACAGAAGUGAGUGCUACGGGGCGAUAGUCAUUUAGUUCAGUUACCUUUGCAUUCUUGGGUACAGGAACAAUAUUGGCCAUCUUGAAGCAUGUGGGGACCAGAGCAUAUGAGCGGAGUGGAGCGGUGAGAAUCUCAGCUCCUCGCUCACGGAGCUGUUCACCCCUCCGCUCCCCCCGCUCAAAGCCACAUCAGGCCAGUCCGCUCAUUAUCGCUCAGCGCUCAACGCAGUUUGCAUCGCGCUCCACUCAAAUCGCCCCCCGCUCACGCCAAAAAAAGGAACAAAAUCUGCAUGUAUUUCACUUUUAGCUUAAACCACAGCCUUACUUUAUCUCCCCGAAUUUGUUGCAUACAGACUCAUCUCGGAUUAUCCAUUCUGUCUUGAAACGGGGAUCUAACACUGACGCUAAAAUGAGAUGUUAAUCAGUAUAGUAUAUUCCAUAGCGAAUUGACACGUUGUUUGCCAAUGUUUCUGCAAAAGCAGCGAUGCCCAUUGGAAGUGCAGCGUGAGUGUAAUCGGUGAGCAGGGAUUUGAUUUCUGUGACAGCAGGGAGGAUCAUCCCCAGGUUCCCCAGCUCCUUCUGCAUUUUGUCUGUGAGGUCUGCUAGUGGUGUCAGCACACUGACAAGGUGCGUCAGCUGCCGUACUUGAUUCAGGGUGAUGUUAGCAACAUUAGACUUGAGUUUGUUUUACCAUAACGGGUCUUUUUGGAACAACCGGAUGAACGACUGAAUCAUCCGCAGCUGGCUGCUCCAUCGAAUGGUACAGGCAUUUGUGGGGCGGACACCUAAUUGUUCGGUUUCCUCUGUGCUCUUGCGUACACUUUUCACCAGGUGCCCGACUUUCACUAACAGCCUAUUAAUGUUGUCGUGCUUGUUAACGGCGUUUUUGAUCGCCAGCUGAAGCAUGUGAAUGGGGCAUCUCAGAUGUAAAUUUGACAAAGUAAAGUACUGAUUUAUCAUAGUUUCUUGGGGGAGUGUAGCCCGGUUGAGCUGCGCUGGCGAAGUGUUGCAUCCCUUCGCAUUCUCCUUUACUCAGCGGUUCAUAGUCCAUGAAAAUCAUUUCAAAAAAUGCUACAUCCAGCUCUCUUUUUCUCUCCCUUGUUAUGGUUGGGCCUUUGCGUGCAGUGAAUAAACUUUUGAAUUCCUCAACCCUUUUCUCUUGUUGCUGCUGCUGCUCCUCUCGCUCUAUAAAAUACAAAUUCAUGGACGACACAAAUUAAAUUAAACAGAUGGAUUCUGGGUCAGGCUUGAGCAUGCUUCAGACUCGUGGUGUGAGCGAGCGAAAUUGGAGCGGGACAUAGGGCGACGCUCCGUCCUUUUAAAAAUGCCGCUCUGCGCUCUGUUCAAAAUCCGUCCGCUCACGCUCCACGCUCGCUCCCGCUCCACUCCGCUCAUAUGCUCUGGUGGGGACAGCACACUGGGCGUCCGUAAACACACCAGCCAUUGCGACGAGGCCCAGAGUUGUAGCUAGCUUUGGGAUUAGCUGGCAUUGGCUGUGGUGAAUGGAGCCAGGAGGGUAAUUGGUAGCAGAUUGGGAUGAGUGAGGAGAAGCACAUGCAGGAGUCUCUCCCUGCAAGGAGGAGGGGAAUACAGGCCUGGAGUGUGGAGGAGUGUGAUCCAUCGUUCCAGAUGGGUUGAAUAGGGAUCGUUUACUUCUCUGCUUCUCUCUCUCACCCAUUCAUCUUCCUCUCCUUCUCUUGUCUUCUCUUCCAUUCUCUUGCUAUUCUCAGUUGUGCUCUAUUCUCCCUUGUUCUGUUCCUCUUCUCACCUCUUCUCUUCUCCACUGCUCUCAAGGUUACUCUUUCCAUUAGGGAUGGGGGUUUGAAAUAAUUUCACUAUUCGAAUAGAAUCGAACAUUUUUGUCUGAUAUCUGGAUAUUCGAAAUAUAUAUAUAUUUUUUUACAUAGCUACGUUUUUAACCUGAGUUCUGCUGCACGAGGGAGAGGCUGGCACUCUAUUGCUGCAGCUGGCUGUGGUUAUAUUGGGUGGUGUGUGUAGCGAGCAGACGGACGGAGAGCCAAGACUAGCUAACUUGUAGCAGCCACAAUGUUAUUUAUCAUCCCAUAUAGCAUUACCUGUCUUGACUGGAGUACCCUAGAGAAGCUAGCUAGCUAGCUAAGCUAGCCAGCUAUAGCUAGCUAGCUAAGCUAGCCAGCUAUAGCUAGCUAGGCUAAAUGAGGCCAUAUGCUGGGCUUUCUCCCCAACCACAUUCAGAUAAAACAACAGCGUACCUGUUGGUUGCUCGUUGUAGCCUACUCCUUCUCAUUUUGCUAACUUUGAAUUCCGUAAUUUUAUUCCAUCUUGCAUUGCAUUAGUGAACUCUCACUUCAUUUGCUACACAUUGAGCCUCUUUGCCGCGUUGAUUGGCCAACAUAAACAACAAGCUACACGCCAAUCGGCUACCGGUCUUUUUUAUGGUGUGCACCGUGCACAUCAUAAAACUACAUUGAAAAGUUUGUUGUAUGAAAUUAAUCAUUUGAAAUGCCAUGGUAUAUCCUUGUAUGUAACAAUGUCACAUGGAUAUUUUAAUUUAAUUUAGAAAAAGCCUUUUCAGUGUUAAAAUAGGCCUAUAUUAGGGCUAAAAAAAAAAUCUUGCUAAAAAGAAUGCUCACACAAAAAUGCAAAUACUAACAUCUGUUCAGAUAUUCAAAUAUUCAAAUAACUGUACACAUCCCUACUUUCCAUACUUACGACCAAGGGGUAGAGUUGAGCCCAGUCCAACAACUCUCAACCCCUUUAAAAGUACGCACACUAGUUUCAUCUUCUUCUUCUUCUUAUUAUUUUCUCUGCUUAUCAGACUGCGGUGUAACUUCACCCUCUGCAUCUGGAGCCUGGUCUUUAAGCACAUUGUUAGCCUGCUAGCCGCACCAUUUACAGCGUCAGUGGGAUGUGGAAUGGGCUGCACUAGGAACAGAAGGGAAGCCCUUACUAUUAAAAGCCUGUUGCGGUUACCGGUCGGAUAACUGUGGGGUUUUCUGCCCAUUUACAAGCUCAGCUCUGACAGGUGGAGAGGAAUCAGGCCUUUUUCAUCAACCAUGGAACCUCCUUCUGUUUCCUUGUGGAGAGCAGAGCAGAGGAACUGUCCCAUUUGUCAACAGAGGUCUCUGUGUUCUGACAUUGGGAGUUUAUCUGCCUACACCAUGUUGAGGUGGAAUGGCGAGGGCACAGGAAGUAGUACCCUUAACCCACAUCCUGCCAUCCGUACUUCCUCUCUCUCUGUCUAAGUGUCUGUCAUCAAAAAACACAAGAACAAACAAGACAAUACAUGGCUUCUGAAAUGGCAUAGUGGUUAGUCUCUGAGGUUAUUGCUGUACAUCAUAAUUACUCUAUAUCCUGUGAGGUUGGCUAUUGGGGACCCAUUGUGGUAAUAUUUCAUUCAUUCUUACAUUUCUUUUGUGGGGUAGACACUAGACACCCUUGUCUUGGAAGGAACUACUUACAGUUGUAUACAAACCAUACAAUAACAAUGAAUGUCAUACUUGGGUGUAAAAAAUAUAUGACAAUACAUGUCAAGGUUGUUUUUUAGAUUGGAUUGAAACAUUGUAUUGUUGUGCUAUCCCCUUGAGUUCCCGUCUCAUUCUGUGGCUAACCUAGUUUUGUCUCUGUCUGCUGUCCAUCCUUUACCAACGGCUAACAAUGGAUGGAGAGGGGCAGGGGCGACAGGGCUGAGUAGAGGCACGCCAUGCUACGGGGAGUCUGGGAUGGUACAUGGGCAGUGGGGUGUGUGUGUUUGUGUGUGUAUCCUCUGGGUUCCCAUGGGUCGCCUGAUAGGGAUGUUUACUACAUCCAGUGAGGAAAUGCAGGGAUGGUUGGGGAGGGGGAGAUGGCAAGGGAGAGAGGGAGGGAGCAAGGGAGAGGGAAACGGGAUAAAAAGAGUGAGAGGGGGAAGGACAGGGAGAAAGAAAGAAGUCCAGAGGCCUGUUACACUUAUGGUCGACCUGCUUGGCUGCUAGCCAGACCCCUGCCAUGAAUCUCUGUCAGACUGAAGCAGGUCAAGUCAGCAUGUGAUCCGGUGAAAUCCCCAGCACAUCAUUUGAACCGGCACAUCGUGUCAUAUCUUGCCUGGGAUCCUGCAAGAUUCUGCAGGGCUGACAACAAAUUGGCUGAGCAUUACCUCUGGCAUACUCUUGAAUGUUAGGAGUAUUUCCUUCAGAGUAAAAAGAAAGACAUAUGAUUAGAAAUCCCUCUAUCCCUCCAUCCCUCCCUCUCUCUCCCACAUACAGCACCCCAAUCAUAUUGCUUUCCUACAGUGAGGGAAAGGGAGGGGAAGAAAGAAAGAAAAAAAUGUUUGCACAGUUCACUGUUCCGCAGAGAGCUUGCUAAAUGUGAAGUGGUGCGUAAAAUUGCAUGUGUUAAAGAAAGCCACAUCGUGUGAGGAUGAGAGAGAGAGAGAGAGAGAGAGAGAGAGAGAGAGAGAGAGAGAGAGAGAGAGAGAGAGAGAGAGAGAGAGAGAGAGAGAGAGAGAGAGAGAGAGAGAGAGAAUGGUGUUCCAGAAAAAGUACACCUACAAAGAGAUGAAUUUGGAGAAGAGUCCCCUAAGUAAGCUGGUCCUGGGGCUCUGUUCACAAACACAAACAGACCCCACAGAGCCCUAGGACAACAACAACAACACAAUUAGACCCAACCAAAUCAUGAGAAAACAAAAAGAGAAUUACUUGACACAUUGGAAAGAAUUAACAAAAAAUCAGAGCAAACUAGAAUGCUAUUUGGCUCUAAACAGAGAGUACACAGUGGCAGAAUACCUGACCACUGUGACUGACCCAAACUUAAGGAAAGCUUUGACUAUGUACAGACUCAGUGAGCAUAGCCUUGCUAAUGAGAAAGGCCGCCGUAGGCAGACCUGGCUCUUAAGAGAAGACAGGUUAUGUGCACACUGCCCACAAAAUGUGGUGGAAACUGAGCUGCACUUUCUAACCUCCUGCCAAAUGUAUGACCAUGUUAGAGACAUAUAUUUCCCUCAGAUUACAGAGAUCCACAAAGAAUUUGAAAACAAAACUCCCUUAUCUACUGGGUAAAAAACCACAGUGUGCCAUCACAGCAGCAAGAUUUGUGACCUGUUGCCACAAGAAAAGGGCAACCAGUGACGAACAAACACCAUUGUAAAUACAACCCAUAUUUAUGUUUAUUUAUUUUCCCAUUUGUACUUUAACUAUUUGCACAUUGUUACAACACUGUAUAUAUACAUACUAUGACAUUUUAAAUGUCUUUAUUCUUUUGGAAUUUCUGAGUGUAAUGUUUACUGUUAAUAUUUAUUGUUUAUUUCACUUUUGUUUCCUAUCUACUUCACUUGCUUUGGCAAUGUUAACAUACAUUUCCCAUGCCAAUAAAGCCCUUAAAUUGAAAUUGAAUUGCGAGAGAGAGAGAGAGAGAGAGAGAGAAAAAUAAAUAUAUAUAUAAUCGGAGCCUCUUGCACUGCAAUUCUCUUCUGCAGUUUUGAGCAGCUCUCUCCAUCUUGCUCUGCUGCUCUGCUACUGUAGUCUUUCUCCUUGGGGCAGCAAUUAGAGUUAAACCACUAUAGUGAAUCAUCAUCCAGGACAGUCCCUCUUUGGUGUAGCAGCCCUUCUGGCUAGCUGGGAUAUCUGGGGCCUUGUCCUUUUUAGGUAUGUGGAAAUGACUGAGCGCUCCCCUAUUCUGGAGGCUCCCAGAGAAGAGAGGUGAUGUCAUGGCGUUAGUUAUUCCUGCGGGACAGGACGGUCAGUAGGAUUAAAUCUUAAUUAGCAGCAGCUGUGAGGAGCACGAGGGAGGCCUCCAGAGCUCUAAGAAACUGGCACAUGCAGCUAACACUGACAACACUACUCACAAUAGCAAGACUUAUCACUGGCAAUACUACUGACAACUCCACUGACAACUUCAAGACUUCACACUGACAACAGAACUGACAACAGCAAGACUCAACACUGACAACAGAACUGACAACAGCAAGACUCUACACUGACAACAGAACUGACAACAGUGAGACUGAACACUAACAACAGAACUUACAACAGCAAGACUUAAUACUGACAACAGAACUGACAACAGCAAGACUCAACACAGGACCUCAGCACUGACAACCCCCAAUGACAACACAGGACCUCAGCACUGACAACCCCCAAUGACGACACAGGACCUCAGCACUGACACUGAACAUUCCUUCAGGAACCUUCUAGAUAAUUUCACUGACAUCACCAGGCCUCAUCACAUCAAGUCAUAAAUGCUGAUUCCACAACAAUAAACACACCACUCAUACUGGCACUGACAAAAUCACUGACAAGCCCAUGCCUAACUCACUGUGAGGCGCCGGGAGGUGCCGUGAGGCAACAGGAAUGCAGACUCGUAUUUAGUCACAGUUGACUUGAAAAUCAGGAAUCUGAAGUUGACAGUGGAGAGUCUCAGUUGUCCUAUUGUUGUGGAAUGUCAUGAUACCUCCUCUUUACUAUUAUUGACUGUUUCCUCAACCUGGCUGUGUGUAUCCUGGGUUUUAUUCAUUAGGCAUGACACUGAAGCAAACGGGCCGAAACCGGCAGGUACUAUCUGAAAUGUUGUGCACUAGUAAACAUGACCCGGUUUUGUUAGAGUCCCAUGUAAAGCAGGACAGGUUCCUCUGUGAAAGGCUGUCCAGGCCAUCAGUGGUUUAGCUAGUCCGUGUGCUGCUGAUAUUGUCCACAUUGCUCAGGCAGGUCAGGCCCAGUGGUGUGAUUUGUGUAGGUUACAGCAGUGUUUGUCUGCAGCUCUUUGUGGAACAGAGAUGUACAACAUCAGUGCAGAUGGUCACAGUCCCCCAUCUCUUCCUUGAACACAUCCUAUGCUCCCCUUCUCUUCCCUCUCUUUUUUACACACAUGAACCAGUGAAUAUAUCACCCGCUCAUACAACACUCAAACAUGUUUUUUUCUUCCACACUCACUUUAAUACAUCACGCACAAACACACAUACAGUUGAAGUCUGAAGUUUACAUACACCUUAGCCAAAUACAUUUAAACUCAGUUUUUAACAAUUCCUGACAUUUAAUCCUGGUAAAAAUUCCCUGUCUUAGGUCAGUUAGGAUCACCACUUUAUUUUAAGAAUGUGAAAUGUCAGAAUAAUAGUAGAGAGUGAUUUUUUUCAGCUUUUCUUUCUUUCAUCACAUUCCCAGUGGGUCAGAAGUUUACAUACACUCAAUUAGUAUUUGGUAGUAUUGCCUUUAAAUUGUUUAACUUGGGUCAAACGUUUCGGGUAGCCUUCCACAAGCUUCCCACAAUAAGUUGGGUGAAUUUUGGGCCAUUCCUCCUGACAGAGCUGGUGUAACUGAGUCAGGUUUGUAGGCCUCCUUGCUCGCACACGCUUUUUCAGUUCUGCCCACAAAUUUUCUAUAGGAUUGAGGUCAGGGCUUUGUGAUGGCCACUCCAAUCCCUUGACUUUGUUGUCCUUAAGCCAUUUUGCCACAACUUUGGAAGUGUGCUUGGGGUCAUUGUCCAUUUGGAAGACCCAUUUGCAACCAAGCUUUAACUUCCUGACUGAUGUCUUGAGAUGUUUCUUUAAUAUAUUCACAUAAUUUUCCUUCCUCAUGAUACCAUCUAUUUUGUGAAGUGCACCAGUCCCUCCUGCAGCAAAGCAUCCCCACAGCAUGAUGCUGCCACCCCCGUGCUUCACGGUUGGGAUGGUGUUCUUGGAUUUGCAAGCUAUCCCCUUUUUCCUCCAAACAUAACGAUGGUCAUUAUGGCCAAACAGUUCUAUUUUUGUUUCAUCAGACCAAAAUACAUUUCUCCAAAAGGUACGAUCUUUGUCCCCAUGUGCAGUUGCAAACCGUAGUCUGGCUUUUUUAUGGCGGUUUUGGAGCAGUGGCUUCUUCCUUGCUGAGCAGCCUUUCAGGCUUGAUGUUGAUAUAGAACUCAUUUUACUGUGGAUAUACAGUGGGGAGAACAAGUAUUUGAUACACUGCCGAUUUUGCAGGUUUUCCUACUUACAAAGCAUGUAGAGGUCUGUAAGUUUUAUCAUAGGUACACUUCAACUGUGAGAGAAAAUCACAUUGUAUGAUUUUUAAGUAAUUAAUUUGCAUUUUACUGCAUGACAUAAGUAUUUGAUACAUCAGAAAAGCAGAACUUAAUAUUUGGUACAGAAACCUUUGUUUGCAAUUACAGAGAUCAUACGUUUCCUGUAGGUCUUGACCAGGUUUGCACACACUGCAGCAGGGAUUUUGGCCCACUCCUCCAUACAGACCUUCUCCAGAUCCUUCAGGUUUCGGGGCUGUCGCUGGGCAAUACGGACUUUCAGCUCCCUCCAAAGAUUUUCUAUUGGGUUCAGGUCUGGAGACUGGCUAGGCCACUCCAGGACCUUGAGAUGCUUCUUACGGAGCCACUCCUUAGUUGCCCUGGCUGUGUGUUUCGGGUCGUUGUCAUGCUGGAAGACCCAGCCCCGACCCACCUUCAAUGCUCUUACUGAGGGAAGGAGGUUGUUGGCCAAGAUCUUGCGAUACAUGGCCCCAUCCAUCCUCCCCUCAACAUGGUGCAGUCGUCCUGUCCCCUUUGCAGAAAAGCAUCCCCAAAGAAUGAUGUUUCCACCUCCAUGCUUCACGGUUGGGAUGGUGUUCUUGGGGUUGUACUCAUCCUUCUUCUUCCUCCAAACACGGCAAGUGGAGUUUAGACCAAAAAACUCUAUUUUUGUCUCAUCAGACCACAUGACCUUCUCCUAUUCCUCCUCUGGAUCAUCCAGAUGGUCAUUGGCAAACUUCAGACGGGACAUGCGCUGGCUUGAGCAGGGGGACCUUGCGUGCGCUGCAGGAUUUUAAUCCAUGACGGCGUAGUGUGUUACUAAUGGUUUUCUUUGAGACUGUGGUCCCAGCUCUCUUCAGGUCAUUGACCAGGUCCUGCCGUGUAGUUCUGGGCUGAUCCCUCACCUUCCUCAUGAUCAUUGAUGCCCCACAAGGUGAGAUCUUGCAUGGAGCCCCAGACCGAGGGUGAUUGACCGUCAUCUUGAACUUCUUCCAUUUUCUAAUAAUUGCGCCAACAGUUGUUGCCUUCUCACCAAGCUGCUUGCCUAUUGUCCUGUAGCCCAUCCCAGCCUUGUGCAGGUCUACAAUUUUAUCCCUGAUGUCCUUACACAGCUCUCUGGUCUUGGCCAUGGUGGAGAGGUUGGAGUCUGUUUGAUUGAGUGUGUGGACAGGUGUCUUUUAUACAGGUAACGAGUUCAAACAGGUGCAGUUAAUACAGGUAAUGAGUGGAGAACAUGAGGGCUUCUUAAAGAAAAACUAACAGGUCUGUGAGAGCUGGAAUUCUUACUGGUUGGUAGGUGAUCAAAUACUUAUGUCAUGCAAUAAAAUGCAAAUUAAUUACUUAAAAAUCAUACAAUGUGAUUUUUACAGACCUCUACAUGCUUUGUAAGUAGGAAAAUCGGCAGUGUAUCAAAUACUUGUUCUCCCCACUGUAUAUAAUUUUGUACCUGUUUCCUCCAGCAUCUUCACAAGGUCCUUUGCUGUUGUUCUGGGAUUGAUUUGCACUUUUCGCACCAAAGUACGUUCAUCUCUAGGAGACAGAACGCGUCUACUUCCUAAGCGGUAUGACGGCUGCGUGGUCCCAUGGUGUUUAUAGCUGCGUACUAUUGUUUGUACAGAUGAACGUGGUACCUUCAGGCGUUUUGGAAAUUGCUCCUAAGGACGAACCAGACUUGUGGAGGUCUACACAUUUUUGGCUGAUUUCUUUUGAUUUUCCCAUGAUGUCAAGCAAAGAGGCACUGAGUUUGAAGGUAGGCCUUGAAAUACAUCCACAGGUACACCUCCAAUUGACUCAAAUGAUGUCAGUUAGCCUAUCAGAAGCUUCUAAAGCCAUGACAUCAUUUCCUGGAAUUUCCCAAGAUGUUUAAAGGCACAGUCAACUUAGUGUAUGUAAACUUCUGACCCACUGGAAUUGUGAUACAGUGAAUUAUAAGUGAAAUAAUCUGUCUGUAAACAAUUGUCUGGAAAAAUUACUUGUGUCAUGCACAAAGUAGAUGUCCUAACCGACUUGCCAAAACUAUAGUUUGUUAACUAGAAAUUUGUGGAGUGGUUGAAAAACGAGUUUUAAUGACUCCAACCCAAGUGUAUGUAAACUUCCGACUUCAACUGUACAUACUAAAUGCAUGUUACCUGUGACCUUACGUCCCUAUAUUAACCUUCACAUACCAUCUUCCCUGUCUUACAGUGAGUCCAACCCCCUGCAGUUUCCUACUAGGCUCACUCCUGUGUUGUUUAUGUAACUGUAGCUGCGUCCAGACACCCAGUGACCAUCCAUCCACUGAUAGGAAUCUCCUGCUGUCCUGUUGGAUUUGUUAUGCAACUGAUGGGUCCUGAUACCCUGCUGCUGACCCUCUCUCUCUCUCUCUCUCUCUCUCUCUCUCUCUCUCUCUCCUCUCUCUCUCUCUCUCUCUCUCUCUCUCUCUCAAUUCAAUUCAAUUUCAAUUUAAGGGCUUUAUUGGCAUGGGAAACAUGUGUUAACAUUGCCAAAGCAAGUGAAGUAGAUAGUAAACAAAAGUGAAAUAAACAAUAAAUAUUAACAGUAAACAUUACACUCAGAAGUUUCAAAAGAAUAAAGACAUUUCAAAUGUCAUAUUAUGUAUAUAUACAGUGUUGUAACAAUGUGCAAAUAGUUAAAGUACAAAUGGGAAAAUAAAUAAACAUAAAUAUGGGUUGUAUUUACUCUCUCGCUCUCUCUCGCUCUCUCUCCCCUCUCUCGCUCCAAUGGAUUUAGUUACUCCAGUAACAGGCCGGGCACCAAUACAACUGCCUGGCAACACUGUCAGAUUUACAGCAUUACUAGGUAUGGAUUCACUGCCUGUCACGUUCAGAGUGAAGGGGGGUUUCAUAUGGAGCUGCCUGCUAGUGCCAGGUUUGAUGACUCAUUCAGAAACCUGGAGCCUGUAAUGGUCAACGUCAGUUACACUCAACAUUCAACUCAACAAUAAAGUGUUCCUCAGGGCCCAUGGAACAAGUUCAACUGUAGGGAAUACUGUGUUUUAGUGAGCCAAUCAGCAUUCCAUCACAGAACUCAUAGAACAGCAGUUUGUGUUCUCACCCUGGGGCUCCAAACAAUGAAUGAGAGCUGAAACCCUCAACGUUUUGUCACAGUGUAACGCUAUACUCAUAAUAUUCUUCACAAUAUCCACUUUCCUUCCCUCUUUCCUCUCUCCCUCCAUUUGCUGUCUCCUUUCCUUCCCCCCUGUUCUCCUCCUCUGUGAUGCUCACCCCCCUCUUGCUGACCCAUGUAAAACUACACUUCAUUUUUCUGAGGCUACAUACAUUCUUCUUAUGUUCCCUCCCCCACCCCCUUCCACUGGAUUUCUGUUCUGAAUUUUUUCCUGUUUGGUUUCAGUAGAGAAAGAAGAGGUAGAGAGAGAAGAGAGGGAAGGGGGGGGGGGGGAAUGUUGAUGUUUCCCCUCAAACAUGUGACCGGCGCUUCGCUCACAGCUGAAAAUAAUUUGGGCCUGCAAGCUCCCAGGCGAGGGGCUGAAACAAACCUCCUCCUCUCUCUCUGGGGGCUAGCCCAGUACUGCUCCAACAGAUAGCAGAGUGGGAGAAAGGCAGGAGAGAGGGAGGGAGGAGUAGAGAGAGAAAAAGAAACUGAAACAGAGACAUACAGAUUAACCUCUUACCGUAACCAAGUGCAUUUUAUCAACCAAAAGCAUAAUUUCUCCAUAGUGUCAAGUUAUAAUUACACACUUAAGUGAAAAAAAAAACCUGAGCUGUGCAGUUUCAAAACGCCGGACAGACCCACUGGGCCAAUUACACAGUUGACUCAGCCAAGGAAUAAUUCAGCUGGUUAACAACUUUUACGUAAUUCAGCCAAAUUGUGGCAGGUUUUCUUCAGCUGUUUUGGGGACAGCAAUGUGUGGAAUUUGAGCCGACUGGGGAGGCAAUCCCUGCAUACUGAGGGUUGGGGUGAGGGAUGGCAGCAGGGUUAGCUGAUGCGUAUUUAUUGGUGGUUGAGGGAGCGUUUAUUGGAGUGGGCAGUGCUCAGGAAAUGUUUAACGGCCCAUGGCUGCCUUGAAGCCCUCUAGCACAUCUGGUCACACACACGCACACACACACACGCACAUUCCCCUAUCUGUUGGGUCUGGACGCUGUUUUUCCAGCUACGUGUGUGUGUGACAUGCGUGUGUGUCUGUCCGUCCAGCUGUCUGUCUGUCCGCCCGCCUGCCUGUCUCUGUCUGUCUGUCCGUCUGAUGUGAGUAAUCAAUCAAUCAAUCAAUCAAUCAAAUGUAUUUAUAAAGCCCUUUUUACAUCAGCAGAUGUCACAAAGUGCUAUACAGAAACCCAGCCUAAAACCCCAAACAGCAAGCAAUGCAGAUUUAGAAACACUAACUGAUAACAGGCGUUUGCCCAGACUCGUCCUCUGCCAUGUUAAUACCUGGGCCAAAUCAGGGGCCGAGACCUGGGGCAAAACUCAAGCCAGGUCGCUUGAUCAGCGUUUAUGGGCCUGGUUGUUGAGUGCUCGUCUAGGCCGGGUCCCAAAUAGCACCCUAUUCGUAGUUCCCUAUGUAUUGCACAAAUUUUGACCAGAACCCUAAGGGUAAGUCUCUAAGAGCUUUGUACACCUGGAUUGUACAACAUUUGAAAGUUAUUAUUUAAAAAUAUAUAGAAGCUCACAUUAUAAGCAGCAAUGCGCACACGGCAGUAGCCUAUAAGCGCGAAUGUUCUAAAAUGCAAUUAAUUAGCGGGAAAACACUAUUCUCAAAAGUGACCGCAAAUGCGAUUAUGCAUGUAAUGCUUUUAUUAUAAAGGUGCAUUUUUGGGGUGAAAAUUAUCUGCCCCAAACUUCAAACUCACGCGCUGCGUAAGUAUACCAGUUAGGCUCUACAACCGUUGUAAAGCGGAUGAAUUAGUUGUGAUACAAACCUUAUCAAAACAUAUACAGUGGGGAGAACAAGUAUUUGAUACACUGCCGAUUUUGCAGGUUUUCCUACUUACAAAGCAUGUAGAGGUCAAAAAUCCAGAAAAUCACAUUGUAUGAUUUUUAAGCAAUUAAUUUGCAUUUUAUUGCAUGACAUAAGUAUUUGAUACAUCAGAAAAGCAGAACUUAAUAUUUGGUACAGAAACCUUUGUUUGCAAUUACAGAGAUCAUAUGUUUCCUGUAGGUCUUGACCAGGUUUGCACACACUGCAGCAGGGAUUUUGGCCCACUCCUCCAUACAGACCUUCUCCAGAUCCUUCAGGUUUCGGGGCUGUCGCUGGGCAAUACGGACUUUCAGCUCCCUCCAAAGAUUUUCUAUUGGGUUCAGGUCUGGAGACUCGCUAGGCCACUCCAGGACCUUGAGAUGCUUCUUACGGAGCCACUCCUUAGUUGCCCUGGCUGUGUGUUUCGGGUCGUUGUCAUGCUGGAAGACCCGGCCACGACCCAUCUUCAAUGCUCUUACUGAGGGAAGGAGGUUGUUGGCCAAGAUCUUGCGAUACAUGGCCCCAUCCAUCCUCCCCUCAAUACGGUGCAGUCGUCCUGUCCCCUUUGCAGAAAAGCAUCCCCAAAGAAUGAUGUUUCCACCUCCAUGCUUCACGGUUGGGAUGGUGUUCUUGGGGUUGUACUCAUCCUUCUUCUUCCUCCAAACACGGCAAGUGGAGUUUAGACCAAAAAACUCUAUUUUUGUCUCAUCAGACCACAUGACCUUCUCCCAUUCCUCCUCUGGAUCAUCCAGAUGGUCAUUGGCAAACUUCAGACGGGCCUGGACAUGCGCUGGCUUGAGCAGGGGGACCUUGCGUGCGCUGCAGGAUUUUAAUCCAUGACGGCGUAGUGUGUUACUAAUGGUUUUCUUUGAGACUGUGGUCCCAGCUCUCUUCAGGUCAUUGACCAGGUCCUGCCGUGUAGUUCUGGGCUGAUCCCUCACCUUCCUCAUGAUCAUUGAUGCCCCACGAGGUGAGAUCUUGCAUGGAGCCCCAGACCGAGGGUGAUUGACCGUCAUCUUGAACUUCUUCCAUUUUCUAAUAAUUGCGCCAACAGUUGUUGCCUUCUCACCAAGCUGCUUGCCUAUUGUCCUGUAGCCCAUCCCAGCCUUGUGCAGGUCUACAAUUUUAUCCCUGAUGUCCUUACACAGCUCUCUGGUCUUGGCCAUUGUGGAGAGGUUGGAGUCUGUUUGAUUGAGUGUGUGGACAGGUGUCUUUUAUACAGGUAACGAGUUCAAACAGGUGCAGUUAAUACAGGUAAUGAGUGGAGAACAGGAGGGCUUCUUAAAGAAAAACAAACAGGUCUGUGAGAGCCGGAACUCUUACUGGUUGGUAGGUGAUCAAAUACUUAUGUCAUGCAAUAAAAUGCAAAUUAAUUACUUAAAAAUCAUACAAUGUGAUUUUCUGGAUUUUUGUUUUAGAUUCCGUCUCUCACAGUUGAAGUGUACCUAUGAUAAAAAUUACAGACCUCUACAUGCUUUGUAAGUAGGAAAACCUGCAAAAUCGGCAGUGUAUCAAAUACUUGUUCUCCUCACUGUAGGCCUAUGGGAUAGGCUACAUGAGGCAUGCACUGUUUCUUGCCUUACUGCACACAAGCUGGGAAUCAUUCACAAGUGCAAAUAUAUAAUUCACAAGUGAUGGGCCCCGUGUAGCUCUGCUGGUAGAGCAUGGCGCUUGCAACGCCAGGGUUGUGGGUUCGAUUCCCACAGGGGGGGGCAGUAUGAAAAUGUAUGCACUCACUAACUGUAAGUCGCUCUGGAUAAGAGUGUCUGCUAAAUGACUAAAAUGUUAAAUGUAAUAGGCUAAUAUUGUCACCCAUCAGAUUGAUUUAAUCUUGUUUGUUUUGAUUUAGAAUGGACCAUUAUCAUGAACCGGUCUCGAAACAGGGGCAGGAGAAAAAAAAUCAUGUAAUCUAUGCACUUAAGUAGCGAAUGGAGGACACUUUUCCGUGGUUAAUUUUCAUGCCAGCCAGGUAGGAUAUACUCCUGUUGUAAAGAGAAGCAAUGCGCUUAAUAUUAGGAAAGUUGAGAAAUAAACAUAGUAGGCCUAGCCUAUAGAAAGCUAAUGGGAUCCUCCUCUUUUUAAUAGAGGCCAUCACUUUGUUUUCUCAUGCACAUAGAAAUGUUAGCCUAUCGAAAUGUUGCGCAACAUGAGCUCAUGGGCUCUCAUGAAGUGUUUGAUUCGAUUUUUAAUUACAUUUUCAUUGAUGUCAGAGUGAUGCGAGGGACAAUAGAGUGCUGAGUACCAGGCAGUUAGCAAGUUUGGUAGGCUACUAAUGACCAUCAGCAGCAUCAGAACUUGGAGAAGCCUAAUUAGCCUAAUUUGACUGCCGUCAUGACUAGUGACCGCUGAUGUGGCGAUAAAACGGUCACCGUAACAGCCCUAACCUGGUUGAGCCUUGACUAGAAUACAGUAUAUAUUGUAAAUAUGAAGUGGGUAAAACAGUAUGUAAACCAGUGGAGGCUCCUCAGAGGAGGAAAGGGAGGACCAUCCUCCUCAGUGAAUUUCAUAAAAAUGUAAAACAUUAAAAAAGUCAUCAUUUUUAGAUAAAACUAUACUAAAUAAACUGUCACCAAAUAAUUGAUUAAAACACACUAUUUUGCAAAGGUCUACAGUAGCCUCAACAGCACUCUGUAGGGUAGCACCAUGGUGUAGCCGGAGGACAGCUAGCUUCAGUCCUCCUCUGAGUACAUUGACUUCAAUACAAAACCUAGGAGGCUCAUGGUUCUCACCCCCUUACAUAGAUUUACACAGUAAUUAUUACAACUUCCGGAGGACGUCCUCCAACCUAUCAGAGCUCUUGCAGCAUGAACUGACAUGUUGUCCACCCAAUCAAAGGAUCAGAGAAAUAAUCUAGUACUGAAAGCAUAAACUACAGCUAGCUAGCACUGCAUAAAAUGUGGUGAGUAGUUGACUCAAAGAGAGAGAAAGAAAAUUGUUGAACAGUUUUGAACAAAUUAAUUUAUUCCUAAAUGAAGGAGAAGCAAGAGAGAGAUUUCAUAAUUUCUUUUCACUUUCAGUUUCACUUCGCUAGCAAAUGCAGCUAGUUAGUUUAGCCUACUGAAACACCCUGCUCAAACAGAGGGAUGCUAUGUUAGCUAGCUGGCAAUGACUAUCCAACACAACACUGGAUCUCUUCCAACUAAGUCAAGGUAAGCUUUUGGUUUUACUAAUGUAUUGCCACCGGGCCCGCAGGUGUAUCGUUACUGCAUGAUUUAGCGGGUUUACUAACGCGUUAGUUCUAUUAGCUAUGCUGACUAUGACGUUACUUUAGCUAAUAUGGUGACAACGAUGUAGGCUGUGUGUAGUGGUUUGGCUUGGAAAGGUUUUUUCGCCUGGUCACAUACUGUACAGCUGAUGUGUUGUGCAUUGAAGUCCACAAGCGAAGGGAAGAGGUGUCUUUUUCUUCUUUCUCUUCUUCGAUGAGGUUUAACGGCGGUUGGCAUCCAAUAAACCUCCACCUACUAGACUGGAGUACAAUUCCCUUAUACUUAGCUUGAGAAUAUAAAUAAAUAAACAAAUACUCUACCAUCUAACACUACACUCACAAAAUAAUAAUAGUAAUAAUAAUAAUAACACCACCCUACACUAUUUAAAUAUAUUUAGUCCUACCUCAGGCCAACAACCUGAAAGGAUGGGACACCACCACUUAACACACCCUGUAACUCUUCUGAUGUCAAAGCACACCCAAAAAUGCAUUACAACCUGUAAUUUAAAUUUAUUUUUAUUUUGAUUUCAUGUAAUGGACAUACACAAAAUAGUCCAAAUUGGUGAAGUGAAAUUCAAAAAAUAACUAAAAAAUAAAUAACGGAAAAGUGGUGCGUGCAUAUGUAUUCACGCCCUUUGCUAUGAAGCCCCUAAAUAAGAUCUGGUGCAACCAAUUACAGUUAUUAUAGUUAAAUAAAGUCCACCUGUAAGCAAUCUAAGUGUCACAUGAUCUCGGUAUAUAUACACCUGUUCUGAAAGGCCCCAGAGUCUUUAACACCACUAAGCCAGGGGCACCACCAAACAAGCAGCACCAUGAAGACCAAGGAGCUCGUCAAACAGGUCAGGGACAAAGUUGUGGAGAAGUACAGAUCAGGGUUGGGUUAUAAAAAACGCUAUGUCUGGCGCAAACCCAACACCUCUCAUCACCCCGGGAACACCAUCCCCACAGUGAAGCAUGGUGGUGGCAGCAUCAUGCUGUGGGGAUGUUUUUCAUGGGCAGGGACUGGGAAACUGGUCAGAAUUGAAGGAAUGAUGGAUGGCACUAAAUACAAGGAAAUUCUUGAGGGAAACCUAUUUCAGUCUUCCAGAGAUUUGAGACUGGGACGUAGGUUCACCUUCCAGCAGAACAAUGACCCUAAGGAUACUGCUAAAGCAACACUUGAGUGGUUAAAGGGGAAACAUUUACAUGUAUUUGAAUGGCCUAGUCAAAGCACAGACCUUAAUCCAAUUGAGAAUCUGUGGUAUGACUUAAAGAUUGUACACCAGCGGAACCCAUCCAACUUGAAAGAGCUGGAGCAGUUUUGCCUUGAAGAAUGGGCAAAAAUCCCAGUGGCUAGAUGUGCCAAGCUUAUAGAGACAUACCCCAAGAGACUUGCAUCUGUAAUUGCUGCAAAAGGUGACUCUACAAAGUAUUGACUUUGGGGGGGUCAAGUUUUCUGUUAUUUUUUUGUCUUAUUUCUUGUUUGUUUCACAAUAAAACAUAUUUUGCAUCUUCAAAGUGGUAGGCAUGUUGUGUAAAUCAAAUGAUACAAACCCUAAAAAAAUCCAUUUUAAUUCCAGGUUGUAAGGCAACAAAAUAGGAAAAAUGCCAAGGGGGAUGAAUACUUUCACAAGCCUCUGUGCCACUACUUUCCCCAAUGCUACACAUUCCUUUGUCUCAUGCCCUUCUGCACACUUCUAACACCUAGGAACCUCCCUCCUCCACACUGCUGCCACAUGCCCAUAAGCUUGACACUUGUAACAAUGUAAUGUAUUCGGCACAAAAGCUUAUCCUAACAUCACUUUGUUGGGCAAAGACUCAACAUCAAAAGAACAGACAAUGACUCUUCUGUUUCACCACUCAUGCCACCCUGUCUGCGUCGCACCAAACGACAAGCAUCACAAACACUGGGAAUCUUUCCCCCCCCUUUUUUUUUUGUCAUUUAGCAGACACUCUUAUCCAGAGCGACUUACAGUUAGUGAGUGCAUACAUUACAUGUUUUUUUUAUUGUUUUUUUUUAUACUGGCCCCCCGUGGGAAACGAACCCACAACCCUGGCGUCGCAAACGCCAUGCUCUACCAACUGAACUACAUCCCUGCCGGCCAUUCCCUCCCCUACCCUGGACGAAUUGUGCGCCGCCCCAUGGGUCUCCCGGUCACGGUCGGCUAUGACAGAGCCUGGAUUCGAACCAGGAUCUCUAGUGGCACAGCUAGCACUGCGCCACUCGGGAGUUCCCCUUCAGUUGGCCAACUUUUACAUUUACUGCUACCACAGUAAUCACUCCUUUCAAUGGCACCCUUUUCUUGAGGGAAAAACUAUUCACAUCUCUUGCCCCCAUUCGUUUAAUGCGGAGCACCUGCUCCCUCUGACCAGCAGAAACACAAACAAUUAUCACAAGACCACUUCUGGUUACCCUCACCGAUUCCACAGCACCCAGCUCUGUUUUCACCCACCCAGAAACCACAAAUGGAUCAGCCAAAAGGCAAGGUUCCACUUUUUCCAAAAACUUCACUCCUACUGUCACAGACUCAUCUUUAUCCUGACCCUCGGUGCAAGCCUCGGGCUCCGAGAACUUCACCACACCUACCACCUCCGAUACUUCGCCCUCAUUCACGUCCAUUUCUCCUCCUGUCUUCAGCUCACUCUGUUUACACUUUCUACCAUUCUUCUUUAACAAACCAUCUCCGCUCACCCUCUUCCUCCCUCUCUCUCUUAGACCCCCUCUGCCUCUCUUUUUCCCUCCAUUCCUCCUCCGUAUUACAAGUAUACGUGUCCUUAGUGUCCUUAUGAUAAUACUGCACUUCUCCUCACAUACAUCUUGUUCUUGCCUUCUCAAGGGAUGCCAUUUAACCGGCUCGCCCCCUAUCAACGUCCAGUGUCACAACCUUCCUUUUCGCAUGCGGUUUCUCCAAAAAUCGGCAAGGGAAGAGGUGAAAGGAGGAGAGUGCAUAAUGUAGAUGCGAGAAGGAAUACAACAUGGCUGCUAUGAAACUGUGAACUGUGGUUACAGGUGAUCAGGGGUGUAUUCAUUCCGCCGAUUCUGUUGAAAAAAUGUUCUUAAACACAAGCAAACGGAACAAAACGGGGAUAAACAUACCUGAAUUUGUCCAAUAGAAACUCUCGUUUGCAAUUGUUGGGCUAAUGAUUACACCCAAUAUCAUCUAGAUGCAGGCAAGAGUGUGCAAGGCCGUAUUGAGUAUCACUGUCUGUCCAUGUGUCACUGUCUGUCACAUCAAAUUUGUCUCUCGACCUGUGUGCAGCUACGUUGUAAGCUUUCAUUCAUAAGCUAGGUUGUAGCAACCUCAUAAUGGGUAUAGGGGAAAUUCGAUGAUCUUCUUGGCCUUCCUGUGAUACUGGGUACUGAUGAUGACCUGGAGGGCUGGCAAUGUGCCCCCUGGUGACGCUUUGGGCUGACUGCACCACCCUCUGGAGAGUUCUGCGGUUGUGGAUGGCGCAAUUGCCGUACCAGGCGGUGAUACAGCCCGCUGUUGCGCCUUCUUCACCACACUGUCUGUGUGGAUGGACCAUUUCAGGUUGUCAGUGAUGUGCACGCCGAGGAACUUGAAGCUUUUGAUCCUCUCCACUGCGGCCCCAUCGAUAUGGAUGGGGGUGUCUUCUCUCUGCUGUCUCCUGUAGUCCACGAUCAGCUCCUUCAUUUUGUUGACAUUGAGGGAGAGGUUAUUUUCCUGGGAUGUUGUUGGUAAUCAGGCCUACCACUGUUGUGUCGUCAGCAAAGUUGAUGAUUGAGUUGGAGACUUGCGUGGCCAAACAUGGGUGAACAGGGAGUACAGGAGGGUGCUGAGCGAGCACCCCUGUGGGGCCCCCGUGUUGAGGAUCAGCGUGGUGGAGGUGUUGUUGCCUACCUUCACCACCUGGAAUCAGCCCGUCAGGAAGUCCAGGACCCAGUUGCACAGGGCGGGGUUCAGACCCAGGGUCCCGAGCUUAGUGAUGAGCUUGGAGGGCACUAUGGUGAUGAAGGCUGAGCUGUAGUCGAUGAACAGCAUUCUUACAUAGGUAUUUCUAUUUCCAAAUUGUAGUGGGUCUAGGGUGUCGGAUAAGGUGGAGAUGAUAUGAUCCUUAACUAGCAGUCCAACUCUGCUAACUGGACUGUGUCGGUCUGUCUGUAUCUCUCUCUCUCUCUCUCUCUCUCUCUCUCUCUCUCUCUCUCUCUCUCUCUCUCUCUCUCUCUCUCUCUCUCUCUCUCUCUCUCUCUCUCUCUCUCUCUCUCUCUCUCUCUGUCCAUCCAGGAUGCCAGCUGCUAGCACCAUGACUGGUGGGAGGGCCCUGCUGCUCUGUACCAACACUGACAACUGUAUCUACCAAUCAGUCAACGGGUAUGUAUUACAUUACUACUACCUGUAUACAUUUUACAGUCCACUCCAUGGAACCCCUUAGAAACUGUCUGAGGGCAACAGUGCCGGGCAGACUGUCCCAUGUGGUGUUCCAACAAUGGAAGGGCAGCAGAGGUUUCCACCUGGCAGCUGGAUACUGUUACUGGUCACCCUGCUGUCACUAGUGCUAGUGAAGCCCUAAACCAUAGAUGGCACAGCUUAAAGAAAUACCAGAACAUUGGAAAAAGUCCAUUCAACAGAGAUCUAUUUUCCCCCCUCAUUCAACUCCUCUUCACCCAGUUGAACCUGUUCCCCCUGUCUCCUCCUCUGUCUCCUCGUCCUCUGUUGCGCUGCUGGUCAGUGAUGGUUGUUGUACCCACCUUCCGCCUCCACCGUCCCCCUCCCCACCCCUCCUUGUCUGUGGGUGAGAGGAAGUCUUCCCAUAGUUCCCUCUUUUGAUUAAAUUGGCCAUUCCCAUGCCAAGAAGAAGAGAACACUAUUGAUCCCCUCUUCCUCCCAGCCUCCCUCCCUCUGUAUGUUGCUCUUCCAACCCCCCAUCCUUUCCUCCCCUCCACUCUCUUUCUCUUUCUCUUUUUCUUGGCUUUGCAUGUCACGAUCGUCGGAGGAAGUGGACCAAUGCGCAGCGUGGAAUGUGAACAUACUUUAUUAUUUAGAGAACACCACACGAACAAAACAACAAACGAUACGAAACGUGAAGUCCUUGGUUACAACACAAACCAUACGGAACAAGAUCCCACACAUGACAAUGCCCAAACGGCUGCCUAAGUAUGGUUCCCAAUCAGAGACAACAAGCAACAGCUGAUUCACGUUGCCUCUGAUUGAGAACCACCCCGGCCAACAUAGAAACACAAGCACUAGAAUAUCACCCUAGCACACAAAACACAAAGAAACAACACACCCUGGCUCAACAUAACAGAGUCCCAGAGCCAGGGCGUGACAGUACCCCCCCCCCCCCCCCCCAAAGGCGCGGACUGCGACCGCGCCAAACAUAAACCAAACAGGGGAGGGCCGGGUGGGCAUUCCUCCUCGGAGGCGGUUCCGGCUCCGGGCAUGACCCCCACUCCCUCUCUAACCCCCCAAAGCGCCCCUGGUCCGGUCUGGCCCUGCUGGCCGGAGCUGGACUGAACACUGGUGGAGCGGAUUGCUCUAGCUCCGGUGUGGAGCAGCUGACCGGUGCCGGACCAGGCACCGGUGGAACAGGCACGGGCUGUGCCGGACUGACGACGCGCACCACAGGCUUGGUGCGGGGAGCAGGGACGGGCCGGACCGGGCUGACGACGCGCACCAUUGGCUUGGUGCGGGGAGCAGGGACGGGCCGAACCGGGCUGAUGAAGCGCACCACUGGUUUGGUGCGGGGAGCAGGAACAGGCCGGACCGGGCUGACGAAGCGCACCAUUGGCUUGGUGCGGGGAGCAGGGACGGGCCGAACCGGGCUGACGAAGCGCACCACUGGUUUGGUGCGGGGAGCAGGGACGGGCCGAACCGGGCUGACGAAGCGCACCCCUGGCUUGGUGCGGGGAGCAGGAACAGGCCGGACCGGGCUGACGACGCGCACCAUUGGCUUGGUGCGGGGAGCAGGGACGGGCCGAACCGGGCUGACGAAGCGCACCACUGGUUUGGUGCGGGGAGCAGGGACGGGCCGAACCGGGCUGACGAAGCGCACCACUGGCUUGGAGCAGGAACAGGCCGGACCGGGCUGACGACGCGCACCAUUGGCUUGGUGCGGGGAGCAGGGACGGGCCGAACCGGGCUGACGAAGCGCACCACUGGUUUGGUGCGAGGGGCAGGAACAGGCCGGACCGGGCUGGCGACGCGCACCACAGGCUUGGUGCGAAGGACAGGAACAAGCCGGACCGUACUGGGGACACACACCACUGGCCCUACGCGGGGAUCAGGAACGGGCCGGACCGGACUGGCAACACACCCCAGUACCUCUCGCCGUGCCUCUACAUCCUCCUUCCCCCUGGUGACCAGUGACUCCCGUAACCUGGCGGCCUCCUGCUGCCCCGUCGUCCACGGCGUGAGCCCCCCCCUAAAACAUUUCUGGGCGUCUCUCCUCCCCGUGGGCCAGGCCUCCAUGGCUCUCGCCAGACUCUUGCUCCACUGCUCCAAAGUCCAGCCUCUCUCCUCCUCCCGCGGCUUGACCCAGUCGAGGUUGAUAUCCUUCAGAGUCACCUCUGGCGUUGGCUCCUGGACACGCUGCUUGGUCCAGUUAUGGUGGGAUCUUCUGUCACGAUCGUCGGAGGAAGUGGACCAAUGCGCAGCGUGGAAUGUGAACAUACUUUAUUAUUUAGAGAACACCACACGAACAAAACAACAAACGAUACGAAACGUGAAGUCCUUGGUUACAACACAAACCAUACGGAACAAGAUCCCACACAUGACAAUGCCCAAACGGCUGCCUAAGUAUGGUUCCCAAUCAGAGACAACAAGCAACAGCUGAUUCACGUUGCCUCUGAUUGAGAACCACCCCGGCCAACAUAGAAACACAAGCACUAGAAUAUCACCCUAGCACACAAAACACAAAGAAACAACACACCCUGGCUCAACAUAACAGAGUCCCAGAGCCAGGGCGUGACAUUGCAGAUUGUCUUAGUUUCCCCCUCUGCUGCUCCAUGCUUCAUAAAAACUACAGCCUCAACUGAAGGCAGAGAAAGUAAACUUCGAAUAAAACCAUGAGAAUCUGCCCCUCAAAAAAUCUGUCACUCUUCCCUGUUGCCGCCCAUAAUUGUAAUUUCGUAAUAUUUCGACACCAUUUGUCUUUCAAAUGUAAAAUCGUCUAAGGGAGUUGAAGGGAAAUUGUAAUGUAGUUUACUAAAGUUUAAUCAGGAAGGCUGGUCUGAAUGCUUGUUUAACUUCAUCCAGUAAGCAGAACAUAAUUCACUUGGUUUCCUAUUCUAUAGGUAUAGUGGGAAUGAGUGGGGGUCACCUGCCGUCACAUCAUCUGGCUCUGAGGAUCUUCCCUCGGAGACAAGGCCAUUCCCCAAACAAUUUAAUAAAAUUCCAUAUUGCAUUCCAUCUUUGUUGUUCAUUCAGUUAAGCUUGUACUCGAUUGAACAGUCCGUUUCCUUUAAGUUUCCCUCAAGAUUGCAUGCCAUUUCAUUUUCGUAAAUACAAUAAAGCAAUGUCAUCAGAAGUUGCAGUCAGAGGCCACGUUUCCUCUGUUUGUUUUAAAGCCAAGUCAUUUGAACUGGCCUUGAUCCAAGAUGGAGUCAGUUACUGGGUCAGCUUUAGUUUAGACAAGAUGCAUGCCUCUACCCCAGCCUCUCCCUUUGCUGUGUACACUUUCAUCUCCCCAGAAAUAGCUGUGCUGCUUGUAAACUUUAACCUUGAGUUCAAACUGUCACGACCCAGUCAUCAUGCAGAAAUUACCGUUCUUAGACAGAGACAGAGACACAAAUUGAGUUAUACUGGGGGUUGUUGUUUUAUGAGAAUUCCUUCUCAUUUACUCCAUAAAAUCAAGUGGCAGUUGUUUUGUAUCUGAUGUGACUAGACAGUUAUGACAGAGAUAUUAUGUGGAUAUCCAGAAUUAUGAGCUGUCAAUGAUUACAGUGCUUUGUGUACUCAAAUUGAUGUCCUUCUGAAAGCUGUCAGUGAGUAUGUUUACAUACACAUUAAUAAUUUGAUAUUAAACUGAUUAUGGCAGUAGGCAGAGUAUGGAAAUAGUCAUGUAAACACCUUACUCUGCUUAUCUUAAUCGGCAUGAGGUCAAAAUGGAAGUGAGCAUACGCGGUUAAAACACCUGAUUUUCUGAGCAAUCUUUCCAAUGAUUAGGACAUAUAAACAGCAUAAUUGGUGUUCCAGCAGUGUAUUUGAUCUGCACAUGUGCCAGCACCGGUAGCGCAAGCCUCCCUCUUAUUCGCGAGAGAAGUGAGUUCGGAAAAACUGAAAGUUUGCAUUUUAGAAAUAGUUUUCAUACAAACGUUAUAUGUCUGACCUCAGAAUCACAUACUGUAGGCUAAGCUAAAAUAUCAUGGUCACUGUGGUUGAACAUUUAUUUUGAUAGCCGAUUUUCUACAAUUAUCAAAAGUCCCAUCAGGUUGUAAAUAUGAUUAUUAGGGAAAUCGUUUUUGCAAAGCAUGUAAACGUUUUAAACAGACUAUUAUAUUAAUCUGACUAUCAUCGUAUUAUUGUGUGCAUUUAACCGUGCUCAGUAAUUAUAUUUCUGCUCAUAUGAUAAAUAGCUCACUGUUGUUUUGUCCAGGAAGGGUUUGGCUCUGCCUUCUCUAAUCUAUGAUCUAUGUGUGUGUGCGCGUGUGUGUGUGUGAUUAUAUGCAUGUGUGUGUGCAGGCUCCAGUGCUGUGGCUUGAAGGUCGAGGAGGCUCCGUCUGUGGUCCCCCAGCGGCCAGACGUGGUGUGCGGGGACAGGGACACCUCCAAGCGGCCCCUCUCCUCCCUGGUCUCCCCUCUGGACGAGCCAGGCACCAUUGACACCAUGCUCGCUCACAAGAGAGCCACUUCGGACCCCCGCACCACCAUGGAGAAUGGACUGGGCGGCUGCAGUAAACUCAACAAGACCCCGGCGGGUCUGAAGACCAGCGCCAGCAUCCGGGACAAGAUCUCGCAAUGGGAGGGAAAGAAGGAGACCCUCCCUACCUCCCCUGUGGUUGGAAGUGGACCAUGCCCGCUGAACACAGCGCAGAAGGAACCAGAGACUGUGAGAAAGAAGGAGACCACCAAUACCUCAGAGGUCCACAGGUCCGACAGUAAGUGGUUGGCCAGCUGGGAGAGGCAGGACUCUGGGAAGGAGAACUCAGGAAAGCUGGGGGAUUUACGGCCUAAGUCUCCUGAGGGCCCCACUACCAGGGACAGAGAGGUGAUACUGGAUAGAGGACCCCUCAGAGGCAGUAGUAAAUCCACUGAGACAGCCAAGGACAAGAAGUCUGUUUUGACUCACAUUAAGAAACUGGAGCAGGCCAUGAAAGAGGGUUCCACCAAGCCCUCAUUGGUGUUGCCUGGGAACUAUUUCUGCCCCCCUUCCCAGGAGGAGCAGGAGGAGGCUGAGAGGAGGGGGAACGAGCCCAUAUUUGGGACGCUGGAAGUUGUGGGUUCAACGCGGCGGCGGAGGUCAGGUGACCCUGAGAACGUGUACACUGAGCCUGGUGCUGCCAGUCCCUCCAUCAACCCCUUACCCAAACCCCAGCGCACCUUCCAGCACCACACCCCACCCAACACCCCCGCCUCAGGCCUGGGCCUUGGCAAGGGGAGACGUAACCUGCCCCCUCUGCCCUCCAUCCCCCCGCCUCCCCUACCCACCUGCCCCCCGCCAGGAGUCUGCAGGAGACCCUGGGCAGACAGAACCAGAGACAGCAGCAACAGGUAAGAGACCAGACAGCGAUGAAAUGAGACAGAGAUGGGAGGAAAUACAGCACCCUCAGAUUCAUAUACAGAUUAAUUCAUUGCUACCCAGCCAAAGGUUGGAAGUACAGUAUUUUCUAUCCGUACAGCAUUUUAAGUAAAAGUUCUUAGUGACAUCUUUCCCCAUACAUGUUUUACCCCAACCCCACAUACUUUAUCCAGUCAUCCAGUUUAGCUUCUCAUUCUGCACAUCUGCACUGAAUCAGAGGAGGGGGUGAUGAUGUCAUCCUCAUUCUACUCAUCACAGCAUUCUAGAGGAUGAGGUCAUUGGUUGGAGCUGUGGAAUGUACACAUGGACCAAUGAACCAUGCCAAGAGACUCCUGGCAGGAAACAAUAACAUGUUACAUUGUGUGUCUGUGGUCGAGUGGCCCUUGGAAUAUCAACAGCUUAUGUUUGAGUAAUUCUAUGGCCCUAUCAUAGCAUUACAUUAGAGUACCUUCCAUUUUCACCUAUAAGCAGCUAACCAUGAAGUGUUCUUAAACUGACCUUCAAGAGACGCAAAAGGCGCAUGUUGGCAUUUAUUGGGAUGACUCAUGUUUUGGAGGCAGCUCUGAAAGGUAGCCACUAGCUGGCACAGACACAAAGUCAUAAAAUCUGAUUUUAAACCUAACCCUAACCUCAACCUAACCCUAACCACACUGCUGACCUUAAUCCUAACCCUAUAUGUAAAAUCCAAGCCAAAAAGCUAAUUUUUGUUUUCAUGAAUUUGGUAAUACAUAGCCAAUUCUGACUUUGCAGCUGGCCUAUCUAGUGGAAAUCAUUCAUCCCAAUAAACUCAACCUGCACAAACAAAAGGCUUCUAAAAACACAAUACAUGUUUUCAAGUAUCCAACGAAAGUACAAAUGUGGAUUAAAAUGUUUCAAUUGUUGAUUUCUUCAGUAGACUGCAUUCUUGUUAGCCUAAGUCUGGCUGUGUAACAUUCCAUACCAUAUGUGGAGGCUUCACACUGCUGAGGUCUGUAUUUUCCAAAACCUUUGUGAAGUCAGCCUCAGUCAAAGUGCGCCCAAAAUGGCACCCUAAAUAGUGCAAUACUUUUGACCAGAGCCUAUUUGGGCUCUGGUCAAAAGUACUGCACUAUACAGGGAAUAGGGUGCCAUUUUGGGUGCAACCUUAGUCUUUCUCUAGGAGUUUUACAGGACAAUAGCUGGGCUAUUGGAAGAGAUGCUGUCUGUUUUCCCACUGGGCCAGACUGUUAGGCAGCUCUGGAGAACACACAGAGAUGGCCAUUCAGAGAUGGCCAAGAGGAGCAUCAGUCUGUCUGUCUGUCUGUCUGUCUGUCUGUCUGUCUGUCUGUCUGUCUGUCUGUCUGUCUGUCUGUCUGUUACACACAACAUACGCAUGCAUGCAGGCACACACCACACACACACACACAUACACACAAACACGCAUGCUCGCACACACCUUUGCAAUUUGGAGGUCUACAUAGAUGGGUAGUUGUUUGAGACAGAAAUAGAUGUAUUUCUCAGCUCUUACCAAGGUCCCAGAAGUAGAGAGAGAAUAUGCAAACAGUUUAUCUUUUCACCACCAGCCAAUACAGUUGAGCCAGAUUAUUUGUGCAGGUUAGCAUUUUUUGUCAUGCAUCUUGUUCUGGAGGCCUAACCUUAACGACACUGCUAACCCUAACCUUUUAAGACCAAAAAGCUUAUUUUUCUAUAACAUAGUCAAUUUUGACUCUGCAGCUGGCCUAUCCAAGGGGAAAUCGCUCAGUUCUGCCUCCAGGACAACACUCAUGACAAUAAACGUCAACCUGCAUUAUUUGUGACCCUUAUAGUAAUAUAUGAAUAAUAAUAAUAUAUGCCAUUUAGCAGAUGCUUUUAUCCAAAGCGACCUACAGUCAUGCAUGCACACGUUUUACAUAUGGGUGGUCCCGGGAAUCAAACCCACUACCCUGGCGUUACAAGCAGCAUGCUCUACCAACUGAGUUACAGAGGACCAGAGAUAAUAACUCACCACUUCCACAAUUAUAUAUCUCCCACCUGGUUGAUCUCUGUGUGUGUGUCUCUCCUACAGGAAGUCCUAUGAGUUUGAGGAUCUGCUGCAGACGUCAUCAGAGAGCAGCAGGGUGGACUGGUACGCUCAGUCCCGACUGGGCCUCACACGCACUUUAUCAGAGGAGAACGUCUACGAGGAUAUCCUAGGUAACGCAUCCUGGUCUUAAAUAUAUGUUUGUAUAACAUGGGCUUGAUGGCUCAGUUGGUUGGAGUUGUUGGAUGGUUUGCAUCACCAUAGUUGUGGGUUUCAUUCCUGCAUGGACCACAGAUGCUGAUAUUCCUUCCUGUUCCUAACACUGUAGAACGGUGGAAGCCCUCUGUAAGGGUUGACUUGGGCCAUGUGCCCCUCUGCUCAAAGAGUUCAGAGAGAACUCACUGCCACAGAGUUCAGGGUCAUGUUCAGUAGGGUACACCGUAGCAAAAUGCUUUGCAGUGAAAAACAAAAAGCUGUGUUCUUAUUGGACAAGUUUAGGUAGUACCUCCCCAUUUCACUCUGUAUCAAAACGUUUUCUACCUACUGAACACGACCCAGCUGUAACUAAGGUUAUGUUUUCUUUUGUGCAUCUUCUUUUUGUGUUUCUGUAGCUUUUUAAUUUAGAAGAGGCAUUGUUUUUAGUAAUAACAGGUGGUGCUCUUACCUACGUUCCUGCGUUAUUGUUUUCUCUGUUAUACUAACCUUCUGCCUGUUCCAUGUCGGUGUAAUGGUAGCAUUUUGUGAGGUCUUAGUUUAGUUGGUAUGCGGUGUGAUUGUCUCUGAGGCUGCUGUGAGGGGCAUAUUUGAGUGGCUUAGUCCCCCGGAGCAUUUUUGGCAACAUGAUCCAUGUUUCUAUGGUUUUCAUCACUCAAAUUGUUGUGUUAUGAGGAUUACUUGUUACAUGUAGGGUAUAAUCAGGUCAAUGCUGUAGAGAUUAACCAUAACAAUCAAAUUGUGUUUUUAAUAGCAUUUAGAUGAUGCCUAUACUUAGUCUGUCGUUUCUUACAGUGUCACAGUGUAGUACUUAGAGUGAAUUCUCAGACAUGGUCCACCGAACCCCUAGCCCCCAUCGGUAAAGUAACUCAGAAGUGCCAAUGGGAGAAAGAGCUAGAGCUGGAGCUACAGAGAGAGAGAGAGAGACAAAGGCAGGACAGUGCAUUACAAUAACUGGGCUACGUCUGAGUGUCUUCUCAUAGGGCUGUACAGUCUACAACAUACAUACUCCUAACAACUCUACACAACUCCAGUCUGCUGUUUCAGAUAGAGAGAGCAACAACUCUUACUAAGCAAAAUCUCAGUAGCACUGACUUCGAGUAGUAUAGUCAGUCAGUGAUAUUAAUCACUUGAAACAGCCAUUGAUCUAGCUGAUUCCUUGUUUUUCUGAGGAGAGGAGAGGAGAGGAAGAGGAGGAGAGGAGAGGAUGGGAGGGGAGGAGGAGGAGGAGGAGGAGGAGAGGAGAGAGGAGAGGAACUGGCUGUCCCGGUCCCUGUCUGACAUCCCCCUCCAACAGGUCCAUCUGGUGAAUGGAUCGACAGCGGAGAAGAGAUGAGCCCCGGCUCUGGAAAAUGGGCCUCUCUGUCCCUGUCUCUCUUAUCUGCACACACAGCCAUGGUUACUGGUAGCGUCAGUCGCACACUGAUGCAGUUUAUCUUGGUAAAAUAUGAGCUUGGUUGCAAGCAAGCACUGCUGCUGGCAGGUCUGUAAAUACGCACAUCUGGAGCAAAAAAUAUGGAUUGGAAACAACCAAACAUACCGUCAAUGAAUUAGAGCAGUCAUUUGAGAAGAUUGCCGUCAAAUGAAUAACGCUGGACAUUAGAACCGUGGUUCGGUAGGAUCACAGUGUGUCGCUGAGUGUAGAAUGGAGGUGACAGUUGCUGUGUGUUUAUGUGGAUGUUUUCUGUUCUGUUUCCUCUGCAGACCCUCCGUCGAAGGAGAACCCUUACGAAGAUAUAGAGUUGGAGGGAAGUUGCCUUGGAAACAAGUGCUCUUUACCCAUGUCCUCCCCCUCGUGCCCAGUACCCGACACACCAACCAAGGUACAUAAAUCAUUACAGUAGAAUGAAUUCUCCAUGCUAGUAAUGUGCAUUCUGCGUAUAGUGAAUGUGGUUACAGUACAGUGAUCAGACUGGGAACUAAUCUUCAAAGGCAAUAAAGGCCCACUAUACAAUUUCAGGAGAAGUGGACAAACACACAUACUGAUACACAUCUCCUCCCCCUCCUCCUCCCCCUCCUCCUCCCCCUCCUCCUCCCCUUCCUCUCCCCUCCUCCUCCUCCUCCUCGUCCUCUUCCUUCUCCUGCUCUUCCUCCUCUAUCUCCCACCAGCUCUCCUCAAAGCCAGUUUUCUUCAGGCAGAACUCAGAACGUCACAGCUUCAAGCUCCUGGACCCGCGCAAGACCAACCGGGACACCGGCAUUUCCUCACCCUCCCGCAUCAGCCCCCCCUCCACCCCCAGUAGCCCUGAUGACACCCCCAGCCUCUCAGGAGACCCCUACAACCGCAGGCGCAGGAAGAUCCCCAGGGUAAAGGAGGGGGAUACUAGGCUCCUGAAACGUCCCCCCAUUCUCAGUGAUUUACAGGCAGUAUGUCUCAGUCUAGUGCAAAAGAUGGCCUGUCUGGUCCUCUCAUGCAGUUGUCUGGGGAUACCUUAGACAGGACAGAGACAGUUAAAAUGAUGUGGUUAGACAGGAGACAGAUGGUUAAGAAUAUUUCUUUUGAUAAUGUAUUUCCUCUAGACAGAAUAUCUCCCAAAAAGCUCUGAAUAGCAUUAUGUGGUUCCUGCCAGUCUGGCUGCCAGUCUGUUAAUGCCUCUGCCAACAAUACCGCCGUAAUUGCCUUUUUUGGCAUGGUAAUGACAUAUGAGUUGGCUAAUAAAGCAGAACUAGCCUGGCACCCAGACCAAGGUUAAUUAUGUAGUGAAUGGGUGGUUCUGGGAAGUUAAGAUUGCUGACUCUGUUGUUGUGCUGCUUCUCCUCAAUAAAGAUGGUGCUGAAAAUCAACGGCAUCUUUGAAGCAAGGAGAGGGAAGAAACGCAUGAAGAGGGUGUCUCAGUCUACUGAGUCCAACUCAGGGAGAGGUGAGGCUGGGGGAUACCUGCCAGGAACAUCAAUGGGGGCCUCAAGCUAACAAGAGCCCCCCCUCACCCUUUACUCCUACCCCCUAGGCACUCAUUUCACUGCAGCCAUCACUACACAGUUUGGACAGGCCUGCCUCAUAUCUCCAUAAAAGGAACAAAACUCUUAUGUGUCCACUUGGCUUUACAGGCACAUGUACAUUUGGGGGUCAGUUGUGUUUGACCCAUUCUUCAUUGUUGUGUUGCUUUAUCAAACACAAAUGUGGAAUGAGUGUAUUGCGUAUGAGUACUAUGCUGUGUGUGGAAACUUUCCUGACUGCCUCAAAUGUUCUCGUUCACAUUGUUUACUGUGCGUUUGUAUUCUCACUCUUUCUUCUCUUUGAUGCAGUGACAGAUGAGAACAGUGAGUCGGAGAGUGACACAGAGGAGAAAUUGAAAGGUGAGGAGAUCUCAAAUAUCUGUGUGUGUGUGUGUUUUUUUUUGGUUUGACUAACCUUGUGGGGAACAGAAGUCCUCACAAGGAUAGUAAAACAAGGAACAUUCAGACAAGUGGGACAUUUCACCAGUCCCCACAAAGAAAGUUACUAUUUUAGGCUUAGGGGUUAGGUUUAGGGUUAGGGGUUAGGUUUAGGGUUAGGGUUAGGGUUAGGGGUUUGGGGUUAAGGUUAGGGUUAGGGUUAGGGUUUAGGGAAAAUAGGAUUUUGAAUGGGAAUCAAUUGUUUGGUCCCCAUAGGGAUAGUAAAACAAACGUGUAUAGGACUCUCUCCUUUGUAGAGGGGGGUAUUAUUGUUAAAGUGUAUGUUAUUGUUUCAGCUCACAGCCAGCGUCUGUCGUCAGUGCAGUCCAUGUUGAGGCAGACAGGCCGGUACCGGACCCUGGAGAGGGACCUGAUGGACCUACAGGAGAGGAAGCUGUUUGAGUACUUCAUAGUGGUAGCCCUCCAUAAGACCAAGGCCGGAGGUCCUUACCUACCAGAGGUCACUCAGCAGUUCCCCCUCAAGGUAGGCAGAGCUGACACCUAGUCCUCAAUCAACUGGAUAUUCAUUGUUCAUAUUAUCAGUGAAAAAAUUAUUUAUAUAACACAAGUAAGUGUCUGGUGUUUUUGUAUGUGACCUACCAGACCAGAAUGUGUAUUUGUGGGUUUUGCACAUGCGUCUCUGUAGUUGUGUUAGAUUGUGUGUUCUCUCUGUCUAGAGUUUGUGUGCGAGAUAAUAUCAGAUGUGGUAUUGCAUCUGACCUGUUAUUCUCCCUGUGUCAGCUGGAGAGGAGCUUCAAGUUCAUGCGGGAAACAGAGGACCAACUGAAGGUCAUCCCCCAGUUCUGUUUCCCUGACGCUAAGGACUGGGCUCCCGUUGACAACUUCCCCAGGUCAGAGACACACACACACACACACACACACACACACACACACACACACACACACACACACACACACACACACUCACCCCAUAAAUAAGGUGUUGACAAAUUCUGAAUGGGGGGGUGUGCAACUCAAUAUUAGGAAGGUGUUCCUAAUAUUUGGUAUACUCAGUGUAUAGGGCACUACGUUUGACCAUAGGCUCUGGUCAAAGUAGUGCACUAUAUAUGGAAUAGGGUGCCAUUUUGGAUGCAGACAGAGCCCCCUCAAACACACACCUGCAGGGCAAAGACAUUGAGCUGGCUGACACACUGCCUGACAGAGAGCCAGGGUUGGUCAACGCACACCUGUCAGGCAGACUGGAGCGGUCUUUGUAGCAGUCUUUGGAGUUGUCUUUGUAUGGGUGCUUGCAGAGUAAGUCUGCCCUGAGAGUAGGACUGAAGAACAAAGUAGGGCCUUUUUGGUUUUACCGACAUCAAGCAAUGAUUGGCAGAAUGGCGCCGGAGGAGAUGGCUGCCGUUUUACGGCCUCCUAACCAAUUGUGCUAUUUUGUGUGUUGUUUUUCGCAUUGUUUGUAACUUAUUUUGUACAUAAUGUUUCUGCCACAGUCUCUUAUGACCGAAAAGAGCUUCUGGAUAUCAGAACAGCGACUACUCACCUCGAACUCAACAAAGAUGUUUUAUUUAAUCAGUCGAUGGCAAAGGAUUUAAUGCUGAUACCGGACCAGGCCCAAAUCCCCGUCAUUCACAUGAAGAAGAGAUGCCGAUACAGGGGACGCAGGUCCGGGUGCCUUGUGAGAAUUCGUCGGCAAGUGGGGAACCCGCCUCUACCAUCCGUCCUAUUGGCCAACGUGCCAAUCAUUGGAGAAUAAGACAAGGGGUGGCGGUCUGUGUCUAUUUGUCAAUAACAGCUGGGAAGCUAAAUAUAAUAUUAAGGAAGUCUCAAGGUUUUGCUCGCCUGAGGUAGAGUAUCUCAAGAUAAGCUGUAGACCACACUAUUUACCAAGGGAGUUUUCAUCUAUAUUUUUCGUAGCUGUCUAUUUACCAUCACAAACCGAUGCUGGCACUAAGACCGCACUCUGAAUGGUAUAAGGUCAUAAGCAAACAAGAAAAUGCUCAUCCAGAGGCGGUGCUCCUUGUGGCCGGGGACUUUAAUGCAGAGAAACUUAAAUCCAUUUUACCUCAUUUCUACCAGCAUGUCACAUGUUCAACCAGAGGGAAAAAAACUCUAGACCACCUUUACUCCACACACAGAGACGCGUACAAAGCUCUCCCUCGCCCUCCAUUUGGCAAAAACGGACCAUACUUCUAUCCUCCUGAUUCCUGCUUACAAUCAAAAACUAAAGCAGGAAGUACCAGUGACUCGCUCAAUACGGAAGUGGUCAGAUGACGCAGAUGAUAAGUUACAGGACUGUUUUACUAGCACAGACUGGAAUAUGUUCCGGGAUUCAUCCGGUUGCAUUGAGGAGUAUGCCACAUCAGUCACCGGCUUCAUCAAUAAGUGUGUCGAUGGCGUCGUCCCCACAGUGACCGUACGUACAUACCCCAACCAGAAGCCAUGGAUUACAGGCAAUAUCCGCACUGAGCUAAAGGGUAGAGCUGCCGCUUUCAAGGAGCGGGAUUAUAACCCGGAUGCUUAUAAAUCCUGCUAUUCCCUCCAACGAACCAUCAAACAGGCAAAGCGUCAAUACAGGACUAAGAUUGAAUCCUACUACACCUGCUCCGACGUUCGUCGGAUGUGGCAGGGCCUGCAAACUAUUAUGGACUACAAAGGAAAGCGCAGCCGCGAGCUGCCCUGUGGCACGAGCCUACCAGAUGAGCUAAAUUACUUCUAUGAGCGCUUCGAGGCAAGCAACACUGAAGCAUGCAUGAGAGCACCAGCUGUUCCGGACGACUGUGUGAUCACGUUCUCCGUAGCCGAUGUGAGUAAGACCUUUAAACAGGUCAACAUUCACAAGGCCGCAGGGCCAGACAGAUUACCAGGACGUGUACUCAACUGGCAAGUGUCUUCACUGACAUUUUCAACCUGUCCCUGACCGAGUGUGUCUCAACUACAUGUUUCAAACAGACCACCAUAGUCCCUGUGCCCAAGAACACCAAGGUAACCUACCUAAAUGACUACCGACCCGUAGCACUCACGUCUGUAGCCAUGAAGUGCUUUGAAAGGCUGGUCAUGGCUCACAUCAACACCAUCAUCCCAGAAACCUUAGACCCACUCCAAUUCGCAUACCACCCCAACAGAUCGAUAGAUGACGCAAUCUCUAUUGUACUCCACACUGCCCUUUCCCACCUGGACAAAAGGAACACCUACAUGAGAAUGCAGUUCAUUGACUACAGCUCAGCGUUCAACACCAUAGUGCCCUCAAAGCUCAUCAGUAUGCUCAGGACCCUGGGACUAAACACCUCCCUCUGCAACUGGAUCAUGGACUUCCUGAUGGGCCACCCCAGGUGUUAAGGGUAGGCAACAACACAUCUGCCACGCUGAUCCUCAACACGGGGCCCCUCAGGGGUGCGUGCUGAGUCCCCUCCUGUACUCCCUGUUCACCCAUGACUGCGUGGCCAAGCACGACUCCAACACCAUCAUUAAGUUUGCCGACGACAAAACGAUGGUAGGCCUGAUCACCGACAACAAUAAGACAGCCUAUAGGGAGGAGGCCAGAGACCUGGCAGUGUGGUGCCAGGACAACAACCUCUCCCUCAACGUGAUCAAGACAAAGGAAAAGGAGGGCCGAGCACACCCCAUUCUCAUCGACAGGGCUGUAGUGGAGCAGGUUGAGAGGUUCAAGUUCCUUGGUGUCCACAUCACCAACAAACUAUCAUGGUCCAAACACACCAAGACAGUCGUGAAGAGGGUACGACAACGCCUAUUCCCCCUCAGGAGACUGAAAAGAUUUGGCAUGGGUCCUCAGCUCCUCAAAAAGUUAUACAGCUGCACCAUCGAGAGCAUCCUGACUGGUUGCAUCACCGCCUGAUAUGGCAACAGCUCAGCCUCCGACCGCAAUGCGCUACAGAGGGUAGUGCGUACGGCCAAGUACAUCACUGGGGCCAAGCUUCUUGUUAUCCAGGACCUCUAUACCAGGCGGUGUCAGAGGAAAGCCCAAAAAAUAUCCAAAGACUCCAGCCACCCUAGUCAUAGACUGUUCUCUCUGCUACCGCAUGGCAAGCGGUACCGGAGCGCCAGGUUUAGGUCCAAAAGGCUUCUUAACAGCUUCUACCCCCAAGCCAUAAGACUGCUGAACAGCUAAUCAAAUGGCUACCUGGACUAUUUGCAUUGAACCUUCCCCCUUUUUACGCUGCUGCUACUCACUGUUUAUUAUCUAUGCGUAGUCACUUUACCCCUAUCUACAUGUACAUAUUACCUAAAUUACCUUGACUAACCUGUAACCCCGCACAUUGACUCGGUACCGGUACCCCCUGUAUAUAGUCUCGUUAUUGUUAUUUUAUUGUUACUCUUUUAUUUGUUUUACUUUAGUUUAUUUAGUAAAUCUUUUCUCAACUCUUAUUUUUCUUAACUGCAUUGUUGGUUAAGGGCUUGUAAGUAAGCAUUUCACGGUAAGGUCUACACCUGUUGUAUUCGGCGCAUUUGACAAAUAACAUUUGAUUUGAUUUGACCAGGGUGGUUGGAUUUUUCUUGAAAGCAGGGUCAAUGAGCUGGCUAUGCAGCCAACUGUUCUAGAUAUUCUCAAGCUCAAUGUUUAGUUGAUGAAUAAGAUCACAUUAAAACAGGUGUGCUGUAACUGACUCAACACACAGUGACCUAAAUCAGAAAAAACAAGGGGUACAUUUUUCUAAGUUGGCUGGUUGAGGUUGUUUUGUGAAAUACAACCCUGACAGUGGUUUGACUGCUCUAUUCUCAACACACAACUCACUCUAUUUAUUAACAGUUGUAUCACUCCAACAUAUGAUUAGUUUCCAACCUGUGUGAAAUAUUUUAUUUUCCAGUGAAACGUUCUCUUUCGUCCUGACCGGUGAGGACGGGAGCAGACGGUUUGGAUACUGUCGUCGUUUACUGGUAGGCAACUAAAAAUGGCUACUUUUAAAAUGUCCACCUUAUCCACUUCCAUGUAUAGGCCUGCCACCUACCUGAGUGAUGAGAGUGAUUGGAAACGCAGUGUUACUCAAUUUUUCUGAAUCAGUGCUUGACAUUUUCUACUGCUUGAGCUCCUGUUCCUCUUAUAGAAUAUUAGCUCAAAAGUAUUGUGGAGCUCCUGCACCUAAAUAUAAACAGUACCGGCACCCAAAAUGAAUAAGUUCAAGACGGAGAGCCUUAUUUCCACAGGUCUAAUCCAACUGUUGUCCAGGUACUGAUGUCUUCUGCUGUGCUGUUUGUUCUGACCCUGUCUAACUAUCUGCCUGUGUCCUGCUGUGUGUCCACAGCCCAGUGGGAAAAGCCGGAGGCUGCCAGAGGUCUACUGCAUCGUCAGCCGGCUGGGCUGUUUCGACCUCUUCUCCAAGGUACAGUAUACUAUACGUACACCGCAAAUUGGCCAGUGUUACCUAGUGUUGAUUUUUCAGUGUAACAUUUAUAGUGUGUUUUCAGGAGUUAAAUUAACUUUGUAAAUGUUAAAUUAACAUUCAGUGUAAAAGAACCCCAGUGUUGGUGUUAAUAAACAGAGUUGAACCAAAACCACAGCCAUCAUUAUCCUAUUUCCCAGCAUGCUCUAUUGCAGGUAGAUUUUUAAAUAGUUUUAUAUCAAUAUCUAUGUUUUUGCAUGCACAUUGAUUCAUUAAUCUUAUGCUACUCAAAUAUAAAUAACAUACAUUUUUCUAAACUAAUCCGGUCUGUUACUUGGACUUGUUGCACCCAUAACUGAAAUGUUUGUUCCAGUUUAGAUGGUUUAGCUAGUCUUUCAUCUCAGUCUUCCCAACCCUGGCAGUCAUUCUGAAUGCAGGUCGAGUUCAGAAUGACGCUUUGGCUGGAUACCAAUAGGAAUUACACUUCACUUUACACGCCAUCAUAAGGCCACUGUAUUACGGUAUAACUAGGCCCUCAAAAUAAGACCUUAUGAAAUACGUAUUGUAUUGUCUUAAAUAAUUACAUUUUAAUUAUAACAUAUUUGCUUAGAAUCUCACUUGGUGAAGGCCACAGUACUGAAAAUGAAUGAAUGCAACAACCAUGGCUCUGUCACUAUCAAAUAAAGUCAGUCAUGGGUGGUAACUCAAUUCACAUGCAAAUAAGGCUUUACACUAAGCAGUAUGUUCAUUUAACACUGAAAAGUGAGGACCCAUAUAGACCCUGGAACAGUGUUAAAUAUAACACUCUCAGUGUUGAUUUAACACUGGAGAAUUUGCUGUGUAUAGAUCUAUACACCUAGGUCAAAGAGAGACAGUUUUUCCUGGUCAAGUCACAUGGUCAGGCCAAACUCCUGGGAGGAUCUCAAUUGCAUACUCAUCGCGUCCUCUCUCCACGUCUCCUUCUCAAAACCCAUUGGAGGACAGGGACCUCUGGCUUUCUCAUCCAAUGGGUUUUGAGAAGAAAGUGAGGAGAUAGGACGUGAGGAGUAUGCAAUUGAUAUUCUCCCCUGGCCUUCAGUAUAGCCACCCAGAGCCUCCCACAGUGAGAGGAACUGGAUCCCACAGGGAGGGACCACCCUAUGCAUCCACAGAGCCCCACCCUCCCUCUCCCUGGUUGCCACUUUCCCACCGCGGCUUGUUGGGCUGCUGCCCUGGCCUCAGUACAAAGAGACACGUGAACCCCAGCUGAUGUGGUUACCGCAGUGGAAUAGUGGGAUAGGCUCCCCUGUAAUGAGCCACUGAUUUAUGUGUGUGAACGUGCAUGUGCAAACAUCUGUGGAUGUAUGGGAGUGUAUAGCAGUCCAAUCCCUGUACAGCCGUGGUCAAAAGUUUUGAGAAUGACACAAAUACUAAUUUUCACAGUCUGCUGCCUCAGUUUUGAUGAUGGCAAUUUGCAAAUACUCCAGAAUGUCAUGAAGAGUGAUCAGAUGAAUGGCAAUUAAUUGCAAAGUCCCUCUUUGCCAUGAAAAUGAACUUAAUCCCCCAAAAACAUUUCUACUGCAUUUCAGCCCUGCCACAAAAGGACCAGCUGCCAUCAUGUCAGUGAUUCUCUCGUUAACACAGGUGAGAGUGUUGACGAGGACAAGGCUGGAGAUCACUCUGUCAUGCUGAUUGAGUUAGAAUAACAGACUGGAAGAUUUAAAAGGAGGGUGGUGCUUGAAAUCAUUGUUCUUCCUCUGUUAACCAUGGUUACCUGCAAGGAAACACAUGCCGUCAUCAUUGCUUUGCACAAAAAGGGCUUCACAGGCAAGGAUAUUGCUGCUAGUAAGAUUGCACCUAAAUCAACAAUUUAUCGGAUCAUCAAGAACUUCAAGGAGAGAGGUUCAAUUGUUGUGAAGAAGGCGUCAGGGCGCCCAAGAAAGUCCAGCAAGCGCCAGGACCGUCUCCUAAAGUUGAUUCAGCUGCGGGAUCGGGGCACCACCAGUGCAGAGCUUGCUCAGGAAUGGCAGCAGGCAGGUGUGAGUGCAUCUGCACGCACAGUGAGGCGAAUACUUUUGGAGGAUGGCCUGGUGUCAAGAAGGGCAGCAAAGAAGCCACAUCUCUCCAGGAAAAACAUCAGGGACAGACUGAUAUUCUGCAAAAGGUACAGGGAUUGGACUGCUGAGGACUGGGGUAAAGUCAUUUUCUCUGAUGAAUCCCCUUUCCGAUUGUUUGGGGCAUCCGGAAAACACCUUGUCCGGAGAAGACAAGGUGAGCGCUACCAUCAGUCCUGUGUCAUGCCAACAGUAAAGCAUCCUGAGACCAUUCAUGUGUGGGGUUGCUUCUCAGCCAAGGGAGUGGGCUCACUCAAUUUUGCCUAAGAACACAGCCAUGAAUAAAGAAUGGUACCAACACAUCCUCAGAGAGCAACUUCUCCCAACCAUCCAAGAACAGUUUGUUGACGACCAAUGCCUUUUCCAGCAUGAUGGAGCACCUUGCCAUAAGGCAAAAGUGAUAACUAAGUCGCUCGGGGAACAAAGCAUCUAAAUUUAGGGUCCAUGGCCAGGAAACUCCCCAGACCUUAAUCCCAUUGAGAACUUGUGGUCAAUCCUCAAGAGGUGGGUGGACAAACAAAAACCCACAACUUCUGACAAACUCCAAGCAUUGAUUAUGCAAGAAUGGGCUACCAUCAGUCAGGAUGUGGCCCAGAAGUUAAUUGACAGCAUGCCAGGGCGGAUUGCAGAGGUCUUGAAAAAGAAGGGUCAACACUGCAAAUAUUGACUCUUCGCAUAAACGUAAUGUAAUUGUCAAUAAAAGCCUUUGACACUUAUGGAAUGCUUGUAAUUAUACUUCAGUAUACCAUAGUAACAUCUGACAAAAAUAUCUCAUAACACUGAAGCGGCGAACUUUGUGAAGACCAAUACUUGUGUCAUUCUCAAAACUUUUGACCACGACUGUACAGUAUGUAUUGAGAAUGCUUAGUUUACUUUGUAAUGUACUCUAUUCCACAUUGAAUUAUGUAUACAGUGGGGGGAAAAAGUAUUUAGUCAGCCACCAAUUGUGCAAGUUCUCCCACUUAAAAAGAUGAGAGAGGCCUGUAAUUUUCAUCAUAGGUACACGUCAACUAUGACAGACAAAAUGAGAAUUUUUUUUCCAGAAAAUCACAUUGUAGGAUUUUUAAUGAAUUUAUUUGUGGAAAUUAUGGUGGAAAAUAAGUAUUUGGUCACCUACAAACAAGCAAGAUUUCUCAAAGACCUGUAACUUCUUCUUUAAGAGGCUCCUCUGUCCUCCACUCGUUACCUGUAUUAAUGGCACCUGUUUGAACUUGUUAUCAGUAUAAAAGACACCUGUCCACAACCUCAAACAGUCACACUCCAAACUCCACUAUGGCCAAGACCAAAGAGCUGUCAAAGGACACCAGAAACAAAAUUGUAGACCUGCACCAGGCUGGGAAGACUGAAUCUGCAAUAGGUAAGCAGCUUGGUUUGAAGAAAUCAACUGUGGGAGCAAUUAUUAGGAAAUGGAAGACAUACAAGACCACUGAUAAUCUCCCUCGAUCUGGGGCUCCACGCAAGAUCUCACCCCGUGGGGUCAAAAUGAUCACAAGAACGGUGAGCAAAAAUCCCAGAACCACACAGGGGGACCUAGUGAAUGACCUGCAGAGAGCUGGGACCAAAGUAACAAAGCCUACCAUCAGUAACACACCAUGCCGCCAGGGACUCAAAUCCUGCAGUGCGAGAUGUGUCCCCCUGCUUAAGCCAGUACAUGUCCAGGCCUGUCUGAAGUUUGCUAGAGUGCAUUUGGAUGAUCCAGAAGAGGAUUGGGAGAAUGUCAUAUGGUCAGAUGAAACCAAAAUAUAACUUUUGGUAAAAACUCAACUCGUCGUGUUUGGAGGACAAAGAAUGCUGAGUUGCAUCCAAAGAACACCAUAUGCACUCACUAACUGUAAGUCGCUCUGGAUAAGAGCGUCUGCUAAAUGACUAAAAUGUAAAUGUAAUACCUACUGUGAAGCAUGGGGAUGGAAACAUCAUGCUUUGGGGCUGUUUUUCUGCAAAGGGACCAGGACGACUGAUCCGUGUAAAGGAAAGAAUGAAUGGGGCCAUGUAUCGUGAGAUUUUGAGUGAAAACCUCCUUCCAUCAGCAAGGGUAUUGAAGAUGAAACGUGGCUGGGUCUUUCAGCAUGACAAUGAUCCCAAACACACCGCCCGGGCAACGAAGGAGUGGCUUCGUAAGAAGCAUUUCAAGGUCCUGGAGUGGCCUAGCCAGUCUCCAGAUCUCAACCCCAUAGAAAAUCUUUGGAGGGAGUUGAAAGUCCGUGUUGCCCAGCGACAGCCCCAAAACAUCACUGCUCUAGAGGAUAUCUUUAUGGAGGAAUGGGCCAAAAUACCAGCAACAGUGUGUGAAAACCUUGUGAAGACUUACAGAAAAAGUUUGACCUGUGUCAUUGCCAACAAAGGGUAUAUAACAAAGUAUUGAGAAACUUUUGUUAUUGACCAAAUACUUAUUUUCCACCAUAAUUUGCAAAUAAAUUCAUUAAAAAUCCUACAAUGUGAUUUUCUGGAUUCUUUUUUUCUCAUUUUGUCUGUCAUAGUUCACGUGUACCUAUGAUGAAAAUUACAGGCCUCUCUCAUCUUUUUAAGUGGGAGAACUUGCACAAUUGGUGGCUGACUAAAUACUUUUUUUCCCCACUGUAUGUUGUGUCUGACUCCACAGAUCCUGGAUGAGGUGGAGAAGAGGAGGGCCAUCUCUCCAGCCCUGGUGCAGCCCUUCAUGAGGGGCAUCAUGGAGGCUCCAUUCCCCGCCCCGGGAAGAACCAUCACUGUCAAGAACUUCCUGCCUGGCUCAGGCACUGAGGUGAGGGGGAAUAGCUGUGCACAGCAGGGUUGGGGGGCUAGAGCACAGACCUCAACUGGCCAUGUCACUUUACUGUAUUCAAAACAUAAUUGACUUGAGGUCUUUUUUAUCUAGUUAGUAUGUCACUUUGGCUAUGUAUGUGUAUUUGGUGCUUAACCCUGUGUGUGUUUACGAAUACUGUCUAGAUGUGUGUAGGGUGUUUAAAUAGAUCUCUCUCUCGUUCUCCAUCCCUCUCUCUCUCUCCGUCCCUCUCUCUUUCCCUCCCUCUCUCGCUCUCUCUCCAUCCAUCCAUCCAUCCAUCUCUCUCUCCCUCCCUUCCCCCUCUCUCGACCUCUCUCUGUCCCUCCCUCUGUCCCUCCCUCUCUCUCUCUCUCUUCAUCCCUCUCUCCCUCCCUUUCCCUCUCUCCCUCUUUUCCUCUCUCUCUCUUUCUUUCUCUCUCUCUCCCUCUCCGUCUGUCCCAGGUGAUAGAGUUGUGUCGUCCGUCUGACUCUCGUCUGGAGCAUGUAGACUUUGAGUGUCUGUUUUCCUCUCUGUCGCUGCGUCUGCUCCUCAGAGUCUUCGCCUCUCUGCUGCUGGAGCGCAGGGUCAUCUUCACCGCUGACAAACUCAGGUGGGACACUGUCCAAAAACAACCCCUUGCCCCUUCCCUCUCCCCCUAGACCCUUUCUCUAGUCCCAAUAUGAGGAGGAGCUAUUACCAUAUACAGUAGCUUACACCUAUCCAGUUCAUUCAAAUCUUCAAAAACUGAAAAGUCUGGGGGCUAUUGGGAUGGGGAUAGGGGCUAGGGGUUUAUGACUGGGCUAUGGAUCAGUCAACCUUAGUUCUUCUCUAGCUACUCCUCUACUGACUUGGGACCUGUGAGGUGGGAUCAGGUGAGAGGCAGAGGACAGUGAAAAGGAUAUGACAGAGACACACAAGACAGACAGACAGACAGAUGGACUGACGGACACACGAGACAGACAGUCAGACGGCUUCUGGACGAGAGAAAGAGAGACAGAGUGUGUUAAGGAAGGAAUGCUGUUGUGUUAUACAGUCGUCUAGGGAACAAUAAUUUCUCUCUGGAAAUAUGUCAUGGAAGCCAGAGACAGGGUUAGUGUAGAAAGUUAAGCUGUAAGACUGGCGUGUGUGCAACCGAUUUGACGUACUAGCAUCCACUAAUCACCUGCUAUUGAUGGGUGCCUUGAGAUAAACCCUUGAGCUGCUUCGCUGGUCUUUCUUGACAUGCUGAAUACUGUGGUCUUUCUUGACAUGCUGAAUACUGUGGUCUUUCUUGACAUGCUGAAUACUGUGGUCUUUCUUGACAUGCUGAAUACUGUGGUCUUUCUUGACAUGCUGUAUACUGUGGGCUUUCUUGACAUGCUGUAUAUUGUGGGCUUUCUUGACAUGCUGUAUACUGUGGGCUUUCUUGACAUGCUGUAUACUGUGGGCUUUCUUGACAUGCUGUAUACUGUGGGCUUUCUUGACAUGCUGUAUACUGUGGGCUUUCUUGGAUAUACAGUACAUUACUCUGUGUAGAGUGUGCUACUUCAUUGCUUUUUAAAAGCCCACUGGAAAAGCCUGUGAAUCCACAAUAGAUUGUGUGUUGUUCCACUGUGACAUUUUUCUACUGUUGCAUUGAAACGAAUGCAAACCUGGCCUCGCAAUCACUGAUUGUUUUUGAAUGAAUUAAAUGAAAACAGACACACAUAUUGGAGGCAUUAAGAUAACAGUGUGGGGUUAGUUCAUUUGCUCCCACAGUAUAUAUUUCAUAGUGUUAAAUCACGCUCCCUUAAAAAGAUUCCUUUACAAUUCCUCAAACAUUAAAGCCAUUCUUUAAAAAUGCAAUGUUCAGUUUUAUGUUCCAAAAUAAGUAUUGUGUAAUCACAGUCAAAUCCGCUAACACCAUCUUGUGGUAGAAACGGGAACUACAUUGGAGACAUGCUGCGGUUAUAUGAUUUGACUCGAUUUUAGUAGUUGACACCCUGUUUUCUCUCUCUUUCCCUAUAUACAUCUCCCAUAUCUCUCUCGCUGUCUCUCUCUCUCUCUCUCUCUCAAUUCAACAACUGCUUUAUUUGCAUGAAUGGGUGGUUGCCACUGUUGCCAAAGCAAUAUAUAUGAAAUAUUACAAAUGAGAAAUGUGUUUGAGAAACAAUAGUAAUCUCUCUCCCUCACUCUCCUGCUCUCUCUCUUUCCUCUCUUUCCUCUCUCUGCAGUACUCUGUCUCAGUGCUGCCAUGCGGUGGUGGCUCUACUCUACCCUUUCACCUGGCAGCACACCUACAUCCCCGUGUUGCCACCUGCCAUGCUGGACAUAGUGUGUACCCCCACACCCUUCAUUGUGGGUCUGCUAUCCAGCUCCCUGCCCAGCCUCAAAGAGCUGCCCAUAGAGGAGGUGAGACCAGGCCCCCGAGCCCAGCUGACUGUGUGUGUGUGUGCGUGCAAACCCCUGACCUCAACUCUUUCCAUAAAACAAUGGUCUCUGUGGCUCUACUCUGAGAAAGAGCUGAGGCUGCCAAACUGACAGGAAAUGACAUCACCCUGCCUUCUGCUCUCUCCUUAGGUCCUGGUGGUCGACCUCGGCAACAGCCGCUUCCUCAGACAGGUAUACACUUCUAACAACAGUACCCAUAGCAACAGACCAACAACAUACUGUAUAUCUCUUACACAGUUGGCUACACCCAUAGAUGUAGCAACACCUCUGUGCUCAUGGGACACAGUCAUCAUUUCCUCUCACACCUCUGUCUUUCCUCUCCAGCUGGAGGACGAGGACUCUAUUCUGCCUCACAAGCUGCAGGCUGCUCUGGAACAUGUUCUGGACAAGAGGAAGGAACUGGCCAGUGAGAUGCCCACCGGUGAGUCAGUGCUACUUAUUAACACCUCUCACAGAAGGGUCUUGUUGUGACCGAUACAGCCUUGACAAAGGUCUAUGUGACUACUGAUAUUUUUAUUAUUUAAGCAUAUGACCUCCAUGUCGAAACGCCCUCUUUCUCUCUCUCCUCUCUCUCUCUCCCCCCGCCUUCCCUCCCCAGACUCAAGCUCCCUCAGUACCGUGGUGUCGGAGGCCUUUGUACGUUUCUUCGUAGAAAUGGUGGGCCACUACCCUCUCUUCAUGGGCGGGGGGGAUCGAGAGGAUGAGUCUGGAGCCCCCUCCUCCCCCACCCCGUCCUACUUUCAGCGCGAGGCCUUUCGCAAGGCCGUCACCUCAAAGAGUCUGAAGAGGUUCCUGGAGGUCUUCAUGGAGACCCAGAUGUUCGCUGGGUUUGUCGCAGAGAGGGAACAGCGCAGGCAGGGUCUAAGAGGUACGGAGAGAGGGGGUACAGCCAGGCAGGGUCUAAGAGGUACGGAGAGAGGGGGUACAGCCAGGCAGGGUCUAAGAGGUACGGAGAGAGGGGGUACAGCCAGGCAGGGUCUAAGAGGUACGGAGAGAGGGGGUACAGCGCAGGCAGGGUCUAAGAGGUACGGAGAGAGGGGGUACAGCCAGGCAGGGUCUAAGAGGUACGGAGAGAGGGGGUACAGCCAGGCAAGGUCUAAGAGGUACUGAGAGAGGGGGUACAGCCAGGCAGGGUCUAAGAGGUACGGAGAGAGGGGGUACAGCCAGGCAGGGUCUAAGAGGUACUGAGAGAGGGGGUACAGCCAGGCAGGGUCUAAGAGGUACUGAGAGAGGGGGUACAGCCAGGCAGGGUCUAAGAGGUACUGAGAGAGGGGGUACAGCCAGGCAGGGUCUAAGAGGUACUGAGAGAGGGGGUACAGCCAGGCAGGGUCUAAGAGGUACGGAGAGAGGGGGUACAGCCAGGCAGGGUCUAAGAGGUACUGAGAGAGGGGGUACAGCCAGGCAGGGUCUAAGAGGUACUGAGAGAGGGGGUACAGCCAGGCAGGGUCUAAGAGGUACGGAGAGAGGGGGUACAGCCAGGCAGGGUCUAAGAGGUACUGAGAGAGGGGGUACAGUACCUGGUUAUUGGCACCACCAUAAGAUAAGUCUGCUUUUGGAAUCUGUAAGUGUCUGAAAUGCAUAAUUAUAUGACAAUUUUGCACAAUUGUCUAACAGUUUUAUGUACACUACCGGUCAAAUGUUUUAGAACAGCUACUCAUUCAAGGAGUUGUCUUUAUUUUUACUAUUUUCUACAUUGUAGAAUAAUAGUGAAGACAUCAAAACUAUGAACUAACACAUAUGGAAUCAUGUAGUAACCAAACAAGUGUUAAACAAAUCAAAAUAUAUUUUAUAUCAAGCCACCCUUUGCCUUGAUGACCGCUUUGCACACUCUUGGCAUUCUCUCAACCAGCUUCAUGAGAUAGUCACCUGGAAUGCAUUUCAAUUAACAGAUGUGCCUUCUUAAAAGUUAAUUUGUGGAAUUUCUUUCCUUCUUAAUGCAUUUGAGCCAAUCAGUUGUUUUGUGACAAGGUAGCCCGGGGGGUAUACAGAAGAUAGACCUAUUUGGUAAAAGACCAAGUCCAUAUUAUGGCAAGAACAGCUCAAAUAAGCAAAGAGGAACGACAGUCCAUCAUUACUUUAAGACAUGAAGGUCAGUCAAUAUGGAACAUUUCAAGAAUUUGAACGUUUCUUCAAGUGCAGUUGCAAAAAACAUCAAGCGCUAUGAUGAAACUGGCUCUCAUGAGGACCGCCACAGGAAUGGAAGACCCAGAGUUACCUCUGCUGCAGAGGAUAAGUUCAUUAGAGUUACCAGCCUCAGAAAUUGCAGCCCAAAUAAAUGCUUCACAGUGUUCAAGUAACAGACACAUCUCAACAUCAACUGUUCAGAAGGGACUGUGUGAAUCAGGCCUUCAUGGUCGAAUUGCUGCAAAGAAACCACUACUAAAUGACACCACUACUAAAUGACACCAAUAAGAAGAAAGAGACUUGCUUGGGCCAAGAAACACGAGCAAUGGUCAUUAGACCAGUGGAAAUUUGUCCUUCAGUCUGGAGUCCAAAUUUGAGAUUUUUGGUUCCAACCACCAUGUCUUUGUGAGACGCGGUGUGGGUGAACGGAUGAUCUCCGCAUGUGUAUUUCCCACCGUAAAGCAUGGAGGAAGAGGUGUUAUGGUGUGUGCUUUGCUGGUGACACUGUCUGAGAUUUAUUUAGAAUUCAAGGCACACUUAACCAGCAUGGCUACCACAGCAUUCUGCAGCGAUACGCCAUCCCAUCUGGUUUGGGCUUAGUGGGACUGUCAUUUGUUUUUCAACAGGACAAAGGCCCAACACAUCUCCAGGCUGUGUAAGGGCUAUUUUACCAAGAAGGAGAGUGAUGGAGUGCUUCAUCAGAUGACCUGGCCUCAACAAUCCCCCGACCUCAACCAAAUUGAGAUGGUUUGGGAUAUGUCGGACCGCAUAGUGAAGGAAAAGCAGCCAACAAGUGCUCAGCGUAUGUGGGAACUCCUUCAAGACUGUUGGAAAAGCAUUCCAGGUGAAGCUGGUUGAGAGAAUGCCAAGCGUUUGCAAAGCUGUCAUCAAGGCGAAGGGUGGCUAUUUGAAGAAUCUCAAAUACAAAAUGUAUUUUGAUUAGUGUAACACUUUUUUGGUUACUACAUGAUUCCAUAUGUGUUAUUUCAUAGUUUUGAUGUCUUCACUAUUAUUCUACAAUGUAGAAAAUAGUAAAAAUAAAGACAAACCCUUGAAUGAGUAGCUGUUCUAAAACUUUUGACUGGUAGUGUAUGUGUUCUCAUCAUUCUACUGUUGUUGUUGUUGUGUGACCAGGUCUGUUUGAGGUGCGGUCACAAGACUACCUGGACUCUCUCCCAGGGAGCGAGCAACGUGGGGUCAACAAGUUCCUCAAGGGUCUAGGUGAGGCCCAAAUCCUCUCCCAUACACCCUGUUCACUCUAGUACCUACAUAGAUCAUAUCCCAAGUCACUCUGCAUAGUAGUUUCUGAUUCAAUUGUCAUUGUAAAUUGUGUUACAUUAGUGAAACUAUAUUCCUCCUCAAUGUAUGAAAAGGUUGCCAGAACUUGUCUCUCACACCAAUGUUAUUUUGAUCCGUGAUUUUGUUGCCUGUUUUCAUUUUCAGGGAAUAAGAUGAAAUUCCUGUCCAAGAAA